CUACUCUGAGCGAUCUGUAAUUUUCUUUUGUUUACCAUAUGCAGUUUGAAAAUGGGUUCCGUGUACAGGACAAGAGAUUGCUUUUUAUGGUUUAUGUCUUUAGUUUAUUUAUUCGCAUUCUUGUCAUUAUACAUUCAAAUUCCAGGUAAGAUGUUUUUGAGCUUGAUAAUUUCCCAUGUCAAUACCAAAUGACGUUAAGUCCAAAAUUAAAAAGGUGCAUAACUGCAAUAUUCUACGCGGUACAUAUUUUUUUUUGGAAGGCACAUAAUUUCGCACUCCUCAUUUUUUAAAUACUAAAUAGCCUAUAAUAUAUUCCCUAUUAAAAAAAGUAAAUAAAAAAAAUAAAGAAACUAUUUUUUCUAUGGGCUUUUGUUAGCACCAAUUAUUUUAGAAGUGACCCAUGGUUUUGGGGAUAUUAUUCAAUCAAAUCAAUGUCAAUUCAAUAACUAUACUUCAUACUAUGACUAUGACUUGUUAGUAUUAAAUAAAAUACUAGGGCCUAAUUAGUCAGGCUCUUUGGUGAUGGUAAAUGUUAAAGGUAUGAGCAUUUUACAAGAUUUGUCUCAUCCUGAAGUGCAGUUGUCAGUAAUGUCUCGGUUGUCCUAAAAUUUAGUAUUACUCAAAAUUACUGGCACUGGGGAGGAUUUCCCUCCCCCACUUUCAAAACAAAAAUAACAAAAGUCUCCCAUUGACCCCUAAAAAAUAAUUGGAGAAAAAAAAUCUUGUAUCAAAUAAAAAAGAGGUAAAUAUCAACAUUUUUUUAUUUGAGUAUGACACUAGGGUCUACAGGUAAGUAUUGACCUAGUGAACCUCCAUCAUGACCUAGCCUAUUAUAUAUACUGCGGAAGACAUCGCCACCCGUACCGAAUUCUAAAUUUUAGCUGGCCAAUUAAGUAGUAUUUGCAUUAAAAAAUUAAAUGGGUUUAUAAAGAAUAUAUAAUAUUAUUAAUAUAUUAAAAAGUGAAAUGAACAAAGUUAAUAUAUAAUAACAUUAUACAUAUAAACGUGAGUGAUUAAAAAACUUUACUAAAGUCUUUAAAAACUGUACAGAAUGAAAUGAAAACUCUAAAAAAAUUUAAUAUAUAAACCUUUUUUUAAUCUAUUUUUUGAAUGCAUAAAUUAGAAAACUUCACUUCAUGCACAUUUUGGCAUGUUAUAAAUCAUUCAUAAAUGGGUAGAUCAAUAGCUUGUAUUGUCCAAUUUUUGACAAAUUUUUAUUAUUUUGACACUGGUCAAUAAUAAUUGGUAAAAAAUGGAUUUGAUACUAGUUAAGUUGUAAUUAGACAUAAUUCUUCUGUUAAUUAUGCUAGCGGUAGUAAUCCAGAGUCUUGUAUUUAAAUUUAAGUUAUUUAUCAUUACUCCACCCUUGACAAAGUUACUGAGUUCAACAUUUAACCUUAUUUUUCACCAAUUGGAAGAGGAGCAAAAUGUCAUGAGGAUAAAACUCUAUACUCUAUGUAUAUUUAAUAUGUUAAUUACCAUUGGAAUUUUCCAUCUGAAGUAAAAUAGUAAGUAAAAAAGGAAUAUAAUAUAAUACAGCUUAAUAUUCUCACUGAUCCGGCUAUACUUAACUUAUAUCUAUACAACUAAGAAGAUCACAGCCCCUUUUGGUUUUAGAAAGUGUCAACAAGUUAAAUUAAGCCAUGCUGUAGUAAUAAAUCCAUGAAUAAUGACAGAAUGCUGGUCAUUGAUAGAAAUAUUAAAUAAAUGUAAUUAUUUAAUGGAAAUUAAAACAUCACUCACUAACAUUGCAGUUCUUGUAAUGAAUCAUACAAACAUAAUUGUGGUUUACUACUCAAAGUAGUUACACCGUACUUUGCUGUCUUAGUAUUAAUGAAAUAUAUCAACGAAACCGCACUCAGCUUUUACAUUUAGAUGGCCAGUGAGCUUUAAGCUUCCUGUUGUCCAAAGUUGAAUUUUUUUGCACUGCCAGAUUUGAACAUGUGCCUUGUUGAAAAGUAUUUCUUUUCUACAUCCAGUGAAAAAUUGUACAAGAGCCUAUAUGGCCUUACACCUCGGCAAAUGUAUAAAAGCUGUUCAAAGUACUGGUAGACCGUACAGGUUGGAAAAUAUGUUACAUUUAAGAAUAAAUCCUAAACACACUUAAAUUUCAAAGUAACGACCUAAUUUAAAAAAAUGAGAUUUGAAAAAAGAAUCAGCACCAGGAAUUGUAAUUUGUAUACAUUGCAGGUGAGUAUUAUUACAACAUACAAACCUUUUGCAAUAGAUAUAACCAGAAAAACCAAAUAUUAUGCAAUUAUAAUAUAUAUGUCAUAAUGAAAUGUGAAACCACUUGUAAAUUUAGUUUUAGACAACACAUAUGUUCAAUGACACGUAUGUUCAAUAACACGUAUGUUCAAUAACACAUAUGUUCAAUAACACAUAUGUUCAAUAGCACAUAUGUUCAAUAACACAUAUGUUCAAUAACACAUGUUCAAUAACACAUAUGUUCAAUAACACAUAUGUUCCAUAACGCGCCUGCGAAUGAUGUGGCCAGAUCUCAUUAUAGUAAAAUAUUGUUAAAAAAAUAUAUAAACCUUGACUAUCAUAACUUGAAAAUUCUCUACUCCUCACUUGCAAGUCAGUAGAAGGACAUAAUUAUAAUACAUUAAGUAAAUUUGUUGUCCUUUUUUGGAGACCUUAACUUUUUGUUUUUACACAUUUAAUUAAUGGUAAAAGAACAAAUCAGAAUAAGUGAAUAUUAAAUAUACAAAUGAAAAUACAUGAUUCUCUAUGAAACAAUUUAACUAACGCUACCAGAUGGCGCUGAGUUCACUAAAUACAAUUCCUCAUAAUUGAGCUAAAUGAAAUUCUUAAAAAUACAGCAAGUGCAUUUGGUGCAUAAUAUUUUCUUUUGUUUUAGGGAAAUAUUCUCAAUAUAAAUAUGGUGUUAUAAAUCAGCAGUAUAAAGGGGGGCGAGACGUUAGAAUAUUUAUUUAGUUCAGGCGCUUGAAAAAAGUGUGUGUUGCAAACCUUGGGGUGGGGGCGGGGGUCACUAAUUAAGAGUCUUACAAAGUGCAUUACUUGAAUGCAUGUUUUUUCCUGUAUCUUUAGCAGAUGGGAAAUUCAUGCAUGCGGCUGCCAUUGUUUGGCGGGCUAUAUCAACAUAAUUCUUUCAUGUGAAACACUAUCUUUAAAAUCUAUACUAUGCUGAGCCAUGAGUCCCUCACUAACCAGUGGUCCAAACUGGGAUCGUUUAAAUUUCAAAAUUCAACAAUUUCAAUAAUAAAUGAUUUUUAUUUGCAACCUUUUAUUUAGUAAUAAAAUGAAUGAACUCUCUUGAUAUACAAUUAGUAAUUAAAAGUGUCCAUUGGAUGAUGUACUUUACACAAGGAUUUUUAAAAAAAGAAAUUUUGAUUUUUAAUGAUUUACAUCUUUAUUAGAAAUUCCUUGACAGCUGAUAUGAAAAUUAUUUGAAUUCAUUUCUGUAUUAAAAAAAAUAUUUUUGAACAUUGCCAGGGUUGUAUGGAGAUAAUGGCAUUCUACCAGCAAGGCUAGUAGUCAAGGAAGGUGAGUCUUAUAUAGGAAUUAUAUAAUGGCAUUCUACCAGCAAGGCUAGUAGUCAAGGAAGGUGAGUCUUAUAUAGGAAUUAUAUAAUGGCAUUCUACCAGCAAGGCUAGUAGUCAAGGAAGGUGAGUCUUAUAUAGGAAUUAUAUAAUGGCAUUCUACCAGCAAGGCUAGUAGUCAAGGAAGGUGAGUCUUAUAUAGGAAUUAUAUAAUGGCAUUCUACCAGCAAGGCUGGUAGUCAAGGAAGGUGAGUCUUAUAUAGGAAUUAUAUAAUGGCAUUCUACCAGCAAGGCUAGUAGUCAAGGAAGUUGAGUCUUAUAUAGGAAUUAUAUAAUGGCAUUCUACCAGCAAGGCUAGUAGUCAAGGAAGGUGAGUCUUAUAGAUGAAUUAUUAUCAUACAAGUAUUUUCUUGUGGCAUGUUCAUGUGACCAAUUGAAAUGUCAAUGAAAUAUUUUAGACAGUGAAACUUUGUCACUUGAGUUGAAAACAUCUCCCCUUGACUUCAACGGCACCAAAAACCAGUUCAUGUUCUGCACCGUUCUUUAGAAGUGUCUCUCAAAAUGAAGAUUUCUCAAUACAGUGACCUCUGCAGUUAUGAAGAUUUGUCACUACACUGACCUCUGCAGCUAUGAAGAUGUCUCAAUAUGAUGACCUCUGCAACCUCUGCACUAUUAAUUGCACAUAAAUGACUUAUUACAGUUAUUUAAUUCUUUUUUUUUAAAAACUAAUUUAAGAAAAAAAUGUGCAGUUAUUUUAGAUACAAGAUAACAUUACAGUUCCUUGAUCUGCAAACUGUAGCCCUUGAGAUCCACCAUUUCUUUAGGUGAACAUGCAAGCCACACAUGCUUCUAUUUACACAAUAUGUUUCAUUUUAGAAAAGAUUUGGACUGCUACCAGCUAUGUGCCUUUUCAUGACAAAAAUAAUGGGAUCUCUGGGAUUCGCGCACAUUUUUUAAAGAAAGCUACAUGUUUUACAAAUGCACUUGUCAUAACAUGUGACUGUCAGACUGCAAAAAUGUAAAUUUUUUAAGUAGGAAAAACCACACAGGUGUGGCUACGGAGCCAUUCGGUCUCUGAACUUACAGAGUUGCUGUUCUUUUAGUCCCAGUAACUUAGUCAGCAUGUCACUUUCGCAGUAACUUCAAUGUCAACUUACUCAAGAAAUGUUUAAAAAAUAAAUUUCCGCUAUUGUGUUUGGGUGGGUGUGGGGUCAAGUGUGUCAAUACCAGGACAAGUCAUACAUAUAUCCAUGGGCUCUUUUUUUUCUUUUAAAUCCGUUUUAAUGGAUGCCAAGAAAUAAAGUUAUCUGCAUAUAAGUCUCACUCUUGGCCUUCAGUUCUUUUGUUGUGGCUCUUAGUUUGAAAAAGUUCCCUGACCCUAGCCCUAAAAACUUACAUAAUUGUAAAGACUUCUGUCCUGGUCAUGGUUUCCUAAAUAUUAUACGAAAAUAUAGAAAACAAUUUUUUAAUUUCUAGAUACUGAAAGCAAAGACAGAGGAAAUAUAAGAAUUUCUGUAGUGGGACAUAGCAUAGGAGCUUUCCUCUACUGACAUAUUCUGUUGAUUUCUCUAGGAGAUAACACGUGGCACGAUCUGAUGGAAGGCCAGCCGACCUUGUUGAAACUGAUGCCUCGGCUUGGUCUGGACACCCAGACCGGGAUGGAUCUGAUCUGUCUGGCUGGGAUUGUAGUCUCCUUCUUCUGUGUGGUGUCGCGGACUGCCAGGGAUUUCAUCUCCUUCACACUGCUGUGGAUGUUUUACCUGUCCCUAUAUCAGGUCUGCUUGUCAUUCAGUAAUCUUAGACAUGGCCUCUAACAUGCAGUAAUCUUAGACAUGGUCUCCGUAACACACAGUAAUCUUACACAUAUUCUCAGUAACAUACAGUAAUCUUUGACAUGGUCUCAAAACAUACAGUAAUCUUACACAUAUUUGCAGUAACUUACAGUAAUCUUAGACAUAGUCUCAGUAACAUACUGUAUCUUAGACUUGGUCUAAAUAGAAAACAGUAAUCUUAGACAUGGUCUCAGUAAUAUACAGUAAUCAUACACAUAGUCUCAGUAACAUAAAGUAAUUUUAGACAUUGUCACAUAAUGACACAGCUAUUUAAGAUAAGGUCUCAUUUAAAUUAAUACACAUUAAUCUUAAACCAGGUCUCUUUAAUGAGACUUUUUGUUCAUUUUAAUUUUCUUAUACAAAAAAAGUAAAAUAUUCUUGUAGUAAUAUUAUUAAAACUGAAACAAAGUCCUGCAAGUUAUAAGUCUUAUAGUUAGUGGCAUAAAGUCCUGCAGGUUAUAAGUCUUAUAGUUAGUGGCAGAAAAUCCUAUAUAAGUCAUAUGGUUAGUGGCAGAAAGUCCUAUAAAAGUCUUAUAAUUGGUUGCCAGCAACAUCUCUUCAUACGGAGCUAAAGUUCUCUUCUCUUGUUUCCAUUACAGGUGGGCCAAACAUUUUUGUGGUUUCAGUGGUGAGUAGGAAAACCUAAAGGUUAAUCUUUGGACGAUGAGACGUGCAUGUGGUUACGAGACACGGAUGUGGUUAUGCGACACGCAUGUGGUUAUUUUAAGUUGAUAGAAAAAUGUUCAAAUGAAGAACCUACAGUCAUAGAGAUCUAGAAUACAUGAACAUUUUAAAUGAAGAUACCUUACCUACAAUUAAGGUUUGCCGUAUCAAGCUUAAGCUGACGGUAAUUCCGGAUAGAUAUUUUAACUUUUUUUUUUUCUUGUUGUUUUUCAGGGAUAUUCUAUUAUUAGAAGCUGGUUUUCUGACAAUCAUCAUUGCACCAUUCAACCUUCAGCUGCUCGGGCGUCGCUGGCCCAAGGGUAACCCCCAUGACGGCAUCACUCUUUGGGUGGCCAGGUGGUUGUUGUUCAGACUCAUGUUUGCAUCAGGUGUAGUCAAGCUGACGAGCAGGUGUCCAUCCUGGUGGGGACUUACAGGUAAGUCUGGUGGUAGCUACGUGUUAAUUUACUCAUAAGUAUAUUUGGGAAUUACACGCAGAGAGUCUCGAUUAGGAAGGUCAUCAGUGAUAGUGUGGGACCAACCAGUAGCUACUGUUGGAUCUAACAACCAGUAAAUACUGAUGGAUCUAACAACCAGUAAAUACUGAUGGAUCUAACAACCAGUAGCUACUGAUGGAUCUAACAACCUGUAGCUACUGAUGGAUCUAACAACCAGUAGCUACUGAUGGAUCUAGCAAACAGUAGCUACUGAUGGAUCUAACAACAAGUAGCUACUGAUAGAUCUAGCAAGCAGUAGCUACUGAUGGAUCUAACAACCAGUAGCUACUGAUGGAUCUAGCAAACAGUAGCUACUGAUGGAUCUAGCAAACAGUAGCUACUGAUGGAUCUAGCAAACAGUAGCUACUGAUGGAUCUAACAACCACUAAAUACUGAUGGAUCUAACAACCAGUAAAUACUAAUGGAUCUAACAACCAGUAAAUACUGAUGGAUCUAACAACCAGUAGCUACUGAUGGAUCUAACAAUCAGUAGCUACUGACGGAUCUAGUGUGAAAUGAAGAUUGUCUGGGUAUUCAAUGGGACUAUAUGGAAAUUAAAAGUUAUUUGGCAAUAAAAUAUUCAUUUCCAGAUGGGGCAAGUGGGCUUUACAGGUGGGACUUUAAAGCUAGAUUCCUAAGACAAUGCCCAUUAAAAACUGGUGGGGUUAACGAGAUAGAAUGGAUUCCUUGCUGGACUAAUCAACUCUGAUUACUGGUGGGGUUAAUGAGAUAGAAUGGAUUCCUUGCUGGACUAAUGAACUCUGAUUACUGGUGUGGUUAACGAGAUAGAAUGGAUUCCUUGCUGGACUAAUCAACUCUGAUUACUGGUGGGGUUAACGAGAUAGAAUGGAUUCUUUGCUGGACUAAUCAACUCUGAUUAAUAUUAUUUGGAAAAGACAUUUCGAUAUAAAUUAACUCUGAAAUAAAAAACAUCUUUCAUUAACUACAUAUCUUGUUUGCUAGUGCUUGUGUUGAAAAUGGGAGAGCAAUCUUGGAACUAACUAACAAACACUUUGUCUCCGUCCACAGCUCUCACAGUCCACUUUGAAUCUCAGGUAAAAUAUCUUGCCUUUUAUUUUCCUUACAAAAUUUAAAAAAAAUAAUAAAUGGCAGUAAUAAAUAUAUUUUUCCCACAAAGCUCCACCAGCAAAUAGUGAAGAUAAACAACUUGAAAGAUUCUGUUUCUUCCUGACAGUGCAUUCCAACGCCCGCUGCCUGGUACUGGCAUCAACUGCCCGAAUGGUUCUUGAAGCUCAGCUGUGUCAUCACUUACGUCAUAGAGUUACCAAUACCGUUCUUGUUUUUCUCACCCGUCACAUCCCUCCGUGUGUUUGCGUUCUGGUCACAGGUCAGUCAGUUUUUUCAACUGUGUUCUAUAUCCACCAUAACUUCUCUUAUUAACUUCUCUUUAGCCCAUAACUUCUUUAUUAACAUCUCUUUAGCCCAUUACUUCUCAUAUUAACUUCUCUUUAGCCCAUAACUUCUCUUACUAAAUUCUCUUUAGCCCAUAACUUCUCUUAUUAACUUCUUUUUAGCCUAUAACUUCUCUUAUUAACUUCUCUUUAGCCCAUUACUUCUCUUACUAAAUUCUCUUUAGCCCAUAACUUCUCUUAUUAACUUCUUUUUAGCCUAUAACUUCUCUUAUUAAAUUAUCUUUAGCCCAUAACUUCUCUUAUUAAAUUCUCUUUAGCCCAUAACUUCUCUUAUUAACUUCUCUUUAGCCCAUAACUUCUCUUAUUAACUUCUCUUUAGGCCAUAACUUCUUUUAUUAACUUCUCCUUAGCCCAUAACUUCUCUUAUUAACUUCUCUUUAGCCCAUAACUUAUCUUAUUAAAUUCUCUUUAGCCCAUAACUUCUCUUAUUAACUUCUUUUUAGCCCAUAACUUCUCUUGUUAUUCAAACCAUAACUUCUCUUUAAGCCAGGGGCCAGUGAACUUUUCAAGCCAUUACCCAAAAAUAUAUUUGAAUACGCUGACGUUUCUCCUGAUUUGUAAUGAAAAAAUCAUGGAUUAUUUAAAUUAAAAAUGUUUUAUUGAAUCUAUUAAUAUGGAGAAUACAAUUACAAAAAAGAAUUAGUACACAUAUAUUCAUUAAAGUAAGUAUAUAAAAUCCUCAUCAUGUCACAAAUGGAUUUAUUUGAAAAAAAUGCUCACUUCAAAUUUUGUAGAAAUAAUGUUUUAUUUUGAUACACUGAUGUCACAAGUGGAGCGGCCAUUUUUAAAUGAGGAAAAUUUGUAUGUAGCCCUGGGGGUUAAUCAUUGAUUUCUGUUGUUUGUUUUUUUGUUGAUUAUAGUGAAAAAUCUGUGUUCGUAUUGGGAGGUUGUUUGAUGAAACAGCAUAUUUUGUACAGCCUCUUUAUUAGCAAUUGUGAAGAUUGUUAUAUCUCAUGAUGUUCUGAGCAUAAACAGCAGCAUCACUAGGUUGGGGGGGGGGGGAGAUGGGGGAACUAACAAAUAGUUUCAUAACACAUCUAAUUUACAAGGGCAGUGAGCCACCAGUCACCAAAGUAGGGUGUCACCUAAGCAGGUUCCCAUAAGUGCGGGUGCCACCUGUCACCAAAGCAGGGUGCCACCUAAGCAGGUUCCCAUAAGAGCAGGUGCCACCAGUCACCAAAGUAGGGUGUCACCUAAGAAGGUUCCCAUAAGAGCGGGUGCCACCAGUCACCAAAGUAGGGUGUCACCUAAGACUGUUCCCAUAAGAGCGCCACGGUGGUCAGUGGUAAGUAGGGUGUCACCUAAGAAGAUUCCCAUAAGAGCGGGUGCCACCAGUCACCAAAGUAGGGUGUCACCUAAGACUGUUCCCAUAAGAGCGGGUGCCACCAGUCACCAAAGUAGGGUGCGACCCGUCACCAAAGCAGGGUGCCACCUAAGCAGGUUCCCAUAAGAGCGGGUGCCACAAGUCACUAAAGUAAGGUGUCACCUAAGAAGGUUCCCAUAAGAGCAGGGUGCCACCUGUCACCAAAGCAGGGUGCCACCUAAGCAGGUUCCCAUAAGAGCAGGGUGCCACCAGAACAGAUGGACUUGGCAGAGAAGUCAGAUACAAUGAGUUUACUGCACUGGUCAACACCAACUCUAGUGAUGAGCAUAAAAUUGGCGACUAGGCCAAAAUAACUAAUGCUAGCUGUUAAACCACUUGUUACCACAAAAUGUUGGAUGCCCCCUCAUUACCCUAAGGUUUAAACCAUAACUUAUGUUGUUAACGUCUAUUUAAACCAUAACUUAUCUUAUAACUAUGCGACAUUACAUCACACCUAUGUGACAAUUCUUAAAAAAUAUGUGACAUUGUAUCACACCUAUGCGACAGUUCUUCAUAAUUAUGUGACAUUUCAUCACACCUAUGUGAGAAUUCUUAAUUAUGUGAGAUUUCAUCACACCUAUGUGAUAAUUCUUAAUUAUGUGAGAUUUCAUCACACCUAUGUGACAGUUCUUCACUCCUUCAUGACAUUGCAUCUCAGACACAGUUUCAUCUUCAGCAAUAAUAACUUCAUUUCAUACAUUUUCAAGCACUGCUUUAGGGCUCGGACUGAGUGGAAGGAAGCGCCCACAUACAGUUGUGUUUCAUCAUGAAUUAAAGUCCCAUUUUCAAAGUCAAAACUUAAUGUUGAGCACUCCACAUUUCAACCUUUGCUGUCAUUAGAUUUGCCAGCUUCUCUUUGGUGUCACUGUCAAACAAAUAUUUGCUUCUAUGUCAACUGUCAAAUAUAACAUAGCUAAUUGCGUAUCUGAAUAUAUCUCUAUCCGUGUAUCCAUUGGUAAUGCAUAAAUAUUUUACUGUUUAUAAACUUGUGUAAACUAGGGCCAGCCAACCCCCCUCCCCCCCACUAUGCAGCAUACAUUGGCUAAAGCUCCUGCUUAGAGGCCGACCGAAUUUCGGCUUCGGUUUCGGCGCCGAAAGUGGCCGUUUUAUCACUUUCGGCCAAGUUUCGGUUUCGGCCGAAACUUAAAAGUUAACUUUCGGCUUAAUUUCGGUUUCGGCCGAAAGAGAAAAGUUAACUUUCGGUUUUUCUUCGGUUUCGGCCGAAAUUGACUUAGACUUUCGGCCAUCCGGCCGAAAGUGACUCAGGUUUUCGGUCAAUUAAUACUCAGCGAAAGCGAUAUUUAAAAACAAACUAAGCGACAUUUAAGAACAAAUUAAGCGAUCUUUAAGAACAAACUAAACGAUCUUUAAAACAAACUAAGCGAUCUUUAAGAACUAUCUAAGCGAUCUUUAAUAACAAAUUAGACGAUCUUAAAGAACAAACUAAACGAUUUUUAAGACCGAACUAAAUGAUCUUUAAGAACAAAACAAAUUAUCUUUAAUAUUAAACUAAUUGAUUUAUAAGAAUAAAAUAAGCGAUCUUUAACAGAAAACUAAAUGUUCUUUAGGAAUAACUAAACUAUCUUAAGGAACAAAAUCAAUUAUCUUUAACAACAAACUAAGCGAUCCUUAUGAAAAAAAUAAACGAUCUUUAAGAAAAAAUAAAGCGAUCAUUAACAAAAACUGGGCGAUCUUUAACAACAAACUAAGCGAUCUUUAAGAACAAACUAAACGAUCUUUAACAACAAACUAAACGAUCUUUAACAACAAACUAAACGAUCUUUAACAACAAACUAAACGAUCUUUAACAACAAAUUAAGCGAUCUUUAAUAACAAACUAAGCGAUCUUUAAGAACAAAUUAAGUGAUCUUUAAGAUUAAACUUAGCGAUAUUUUAGAACAAACUAAGUGAUCUUUAUGAACAAACUCACCGAUCUUUAAGAACAAACUAACCGAUCAAUAAAACCAACUAAACGAUCUUUAAAAACAAAUUAAGCGAUCUUUUAGAACCACAAUUUUUAGAGACCCGGUUAAAAAACUAAAUUACUUUUAUAUUAAAAUAGUAAAAUCCAAAGUAUUCAUUAGAUCAAGGGUCUCAAACUCAAAUCAUCAGGGGGGGGGGGGCGCAGGAGGUAGUGUCAUAAUGAGAGUGGGCCGCAUCAAGUAAUCCACAAAAAAAGCGAUUAGAACUGUUACAAUCUGCUCAACCUUUAUAAAUAACAAUACAAUCAUCAAGGGUUCUCAAGAACUAGGAUUCACUUUCAUCCACCUAUUCACUGUUGAAUACAAAAAUAUAUAGAAACAUUUUAAAAAAUAAUCAGAAUUAGACUACUCGGUGAGAUUCGACUGAAACCGUCGCGGAGAGUCACGUUAUAGAUAUGAGAAUGGGGGAAACGGGCCGGCGCAUUUACACUAAACUUUUCUGUCAUGUAGCGGGCCGCAAAAUAUCGUCUAGCGGAUCAUAAAUGGCUCGCGGGCCGCGAGUUUGAGACCCUUAUAAUAGAUGUUUAUUUAUUAAUAUUCACGAUUAUCUAAUUUUUUAUAAAAAGAAUGGAAAUAUUUAUACUUUCCCCAUCAUUUUCGAUAUAUGCAGAAUGUAUGCGGGAACGAAUUUCACAAUAUCUUAACGUUUCGGUUUCGGCUUCGGUUUCGGCAGAAAUUCAUUUUUAACUUUCGGCCUUUUUUCGGUUUCGGCCGAAAGUCAUUUUUUAACUUUCGGUAUUUUUUCGGUUUCGGCCGAAAGUCAUUUUAAACUUUCGGCCUAUUUUCGGCUUUGGCCGAAAUCAGAAAAUCACUUUCGGUCGGUCUCUACUCCUGCUUCACUACUUCACUUAUCUCACAAGUAUUCUUCCUAACGUUUUUGUUCCUGCAAAAUCCAUUUUGGUGCACGCAUCCCGCAUCCCAAUUUUAUCGAAUGCGUGUCCAACUUCUGAUUAUACAAUAUUUAAAGAGAAGUUAGGUUGACCCUUAUGGGUAUCAGUAAUACAAGGUUUUAAAAAAAAGCUCAUAUCUAUUGGUAAGAGAGCCCUUUGUUUAUGUCAAGAGUAUAAUGGUGGUAAGGUACAAAUUCAGUAGAGCACUUAUGUUAACAUCUGUGUCAAACCAUCAUGCUGGUGAGACAAGUCUGAUGAGUUCCUUAAAUAUUGACUUUUUGACUUGAUAAUCCAGUUCAUGAACGUAAACAUUUGUGUCACACUUGUUCAGCCGUGCCAUCCACCAGACUACUGAAUAGACGGAGAGGGGUACAUGUGUUUCACAGAUUUAUGAAGUCUGCCUACUCUGAUUCACUUUUUUCACUCAAAACAUUCUUCAUCCAAGUAUCUCAUUUGUGAUUUAGUUCACCAACAAGUAUGACAUCAUUUCUUUAAGCAACAAUUAUUACAUCAUUACUUUAACCAACAGGUGAGACAUAUGUUUAUUUUUCAUUGAAUUUAAUAUUGAAAAAUAAAUUAAAUGUUUUUUAAAUCACAGUGACACAGUAUGGACCAACUAACACAGUAUGGACCAACUAACACAGUAUGGAAAAACUAUCACAGUAUAAACACAGUAUCAAACUAUCACAGCAUGUAAAAACAAUCACAGUAUGGACAAACUAUCACAGUAUGGACAAACGGUCACAGUAUGGACAAACGGUCACAGUAUGGACAAACGGUCACAGUAUGGACAAACUGUCACAGUAUGGACAAACUGUCACAGUAUGGACAAACGGUCACAGUAUGGACAAACGAUCACAGUAUGGACAAACGGUCACAGUAUGGACAAACUGUCACAGUAUGGACAAACUGUCACAGUAUGGACAAACGGUCACAGUAUGGACAAACUGUCACAGUAUGGACAAACUGUCACAGUAUGGACAAACGGUCACAGUAUGGACAAACUGUCACAGUAUGGACAAACGGUCACAGUAUGGACAAACUGUCACAGUAUGGACAAACUGUCACAGUAUGGACAAACUGUCACAGUAUGGACAAACGGUCACAGUAUGGACAAACUGUCACAGUAUGGACAAACGGUCACAGUAUGGACAAACGGUCACAGUAUGGACAAACGGUCACAGUAUGGACAAACGGUCACAGUAUGGACAAACGGUCACAGUAUGGACAAACGGUCACAGUAUGGACAAACUGUCACAGUAUGGACAAACUGUCACAGUAUGGACAAACUGUCACAGUAUGGACAAACGGUCACAGUAUGGACAAACUGUCACAGUAUGGACAAACGGUCACAGUAUGGACAAACGGUCACAGUAUGGACAAACUGUCACAGUAUGGACAAACGGUCACAGUAUGGACAAACUGUCACAGUUAAAGCUUGAUCUUAAUAUAAAUACUUUCAAUGUAGAGACCACUUGAAGCAGAAUUCAUGUUUUAUCUUUUGUUGGUCAUUCAAGAGUUUUCCUUGACUUGUAACUUCCAAUGAAUGAUGUGUGAUCUUUUCCACCCAGGGAACUCAGAGACACACCAUUUUACUUGACCCAGCUUACUUCUAGUUCUUACAGGACUCAUUGUGUGCCAGGAAUGUAGUUCCAUGAUGACAAGACCUAAUGCAGCAACAGAUACCUGGACACAUCUUAGUUGUAAAAUGUUGCUACUUAUUAGAGAUUGGUUUAAUCAUUCUGCUGCCCCUGCGGCCACCUCCGUAUCCUUUGGCGCUGCCGCCGACGUCUGUUAGUGUGACAAGUGGAAUACUGCUGGCACCCAUUGGGAUGGUCAGCUUCCAGUAUAGACCUGAAUAAUUGUGUAAAUAUGUGUUCACCAGGUCAACCAAGUCUUCCAUCAGCUCUUGGACCAGAGCAAACUCUAUCCCUCGCACAAUGAUGGUCAGUCUAUGGAUCCCAUCCUGGAUUGAGCGGCGGAGGAGCAGUUGCUCCGAAUCGCAGCUUGCGUAGAUGUGAUCCUCCCAGUCCAGUCUCUCGUCAACAAAGUCCUGAAUUUGGGCCGAAAUGUUGGGGAGGAUUUCCAAGGGACAGAAAAAAGGAAAUGUGUAGAUGACCGCUAGUUCCUUGUGAUGUGUUUUGUUGGGCCAGACCUCGCUGAGAGGGCUCAUGUCAGUGUCCUUGUUGUACCACGGCACCACCAGAAGUGGACGGUUGUAGAUGGGACCUGUAGGUACCUCUGGUUCUGGUACAGCAUAGCAGAUGUCAAACAGAGGGAGAAGUUCUAGCAGAUAAUCGAUGUCGUUGUUUGACAGGUCCAGGUGGAACCACAAGCUGUUCAACAGGGGACGAGAAAUUUCCCCCAUGUGCAGCAGGCGGUGGGCACAUUCCUCAAACUGCCGUCUGUUGAGGCGACCCUUUGACAGGAAGACUUUAUUCUCAUACUGCAAGAAAUCUCUCAUGUCAUGGCGAAACAAACUGGAAAUGAGGUCCGAGAGCAGGAUGGGCUUGUGAAACACCAUUUGAGACAGUGCGAGGUCAUUGUGGAACCACAGAACAUUGGCAGUGUCAUGGAGAUAUUUGACACACUCCUGGAGCUCAUCCCCCUUGACACUGAAUCUCUGGGCCAUCUGCUCCACAUCGUCCCAGUACAGAUAAAACCCUUUCCCUUGCUUCAGCAUGUUUCCCAAUCUUUUCCAGUGGCCAGGUAUGUGGCGCUGUGCAUGUGGGAACAGAGUUUGGUCGAUGGCUAAGUGCUCUAGCUCAUUGAUCAGCGGCAGAAUCCCCUCCAGACUCUCUGAAGAACUAACGCAAGAAAUGCCAGGGAGGAUUUUUAAAGGGUUCUGGAGAAUUGAUUUGAUCUUCUGCUGCCUGACGCGUAACAGUUUCAGAACUGACUCGUCCAUGUCGGUCAGCUGGGUCUGACCUGAUUUUUCUAGUUUGGCAAUGUCAUCUUCAAUUUUGGUUAAUUCAUCUUUGAACUGCUGCUCCCUCUUGCUUAGAUGCAGUGUCACAAGCUCCUGAACUACUUGAUUGUGUGGCGGUUCUGGAGCUGCCGGCGUGCUGGUAUUUCUCUGAACAUCUUCAUCACCUUCUGGGCCAAUGCUAAACAGGUCAUCCUCUUCCACAUCAAUGUUUUUUGAAUCCUCUGAUGGAGCUGACAGAAUCUUGAGCUCAUUCUCCGAUGAGGUGCCUGUCUUGACAUCAUCAUCGUCUGGCUGUAAAAAUUCCUUUGGCGUAUCCUCAGUCUGCAACAAAUCGACCUGUGUGCCCACAAUUUUGACUAUUGCCCCAGGCAAACAGGAGCUCAGCAUGUCCAGCCAUUGGCCUACAGAAGAAUAGAAAUUGCUUUCAUGCAUGGUGGCAGCAUUGUACACCAACAUGACUAAAGAUUUGUUAUCUAAAAAUAUUUUGUACAGCAUGCUGUAGACGUCAUCCCCACCAAAGUCAUACAGCACAAACUCAACAUUGUUCUCAGUCUUCCACAGCGUCUGCUGAAAGAGUCUUGUCUUUUCUGUCGUCCCAUCUUUGACUUGUGAUUUUCCAAGUGACAGUGCCUGGCACAGGCUUGAUUUCCCGCACUGGCUUGCUCCAAGCAACUGAAUCUUCUGUGUUUGGAGGUUCUCUGUGGUUAAAAUCAUCAACUUCUUGAGGUAUUCAAAUAUGUGCUCAGGUUUGUCUGUACGCCACACUUCUGGAGGUGGCCUCUCCAAUGGGUUCUGGUACAGCCACAGACCAGAUUUGGUCAGCUUGUUGUAAGUGUGGGCCUCGGUCAGUCCUGUCAGGCGGUGCAUGGCCAUGGGGAGGGAUCUGAUCUCAUUGCCGGUCAGGUCCAGUGUGUGAAGGUGAGUUAGGUCACAAAUCUCCUCGGGCAGUCUUUGAAUCUUGUUCUUGUCCAGGAUCAGGAUUUUUAAGACUUUGAGAUCUGUGAAAAAGAGUGGAUAUUUUUAGAACAGAAGUGACACCAAUCACACACAGGGCAGUACACUUUCAGUGGAAUAUUUUGGCAGAAAUUAGAGCUGUAUAAGAUAUUUGGUUUACCCGUUACCUUAAAGGAUUUCAGCCAAUCGAAAAGAAUUGAUCAUGUUGUUCACAAAAACUUAUUGGCAGAUUUGUCUGUAAUACCUUUUAAAAAUGAAAGGUAAAACAAGACUUGGAUGGAAGCCGGAUUAUUGCAAGAUAACAUACUCUGAAGUGGAUUAGACUUAUUGAUAUAUAGUCUAAGAAAAAUGACUUGUCCACCCACAAGUUAAAGUUACACUCCUUGCUGUGAUACAACCAUUCAUUGAAACAGCCCAGAUACAGAUUGUGAGCAUGAACCGGCCCAUCAAGGCCAAAUGGAUCAGAUUGAUAGUUGUUUGGUGUGGCAACUUAUUAGUUUGACCAAAUAAAUCGGAUCAAGAACAACUAUUUAACCCGGUGAAAGAAAAAACACAAUUUGGACACCCUGUGGUCAGUCAGAGAUGUCACCGGUGUGACGUGACAACAUUGCCCUGGGGUCCCAACGGACUGACCUUUCAUUUCUGGUGGCAGUUUUUUGAUCCUGUUCCGUGCCAAGUCCAGCUCCUCCAGCUGAUGAAGACGGCCGAUGUUUGGUGGUAUCUGGUCGAUGCUGUUAUGGGCCAGCCUCAGCACCCUCAGUCCCGUCAGUUGACCUAUUUCACUGGGAAGUUCGGUCAGCAGGUUGUUGGACAUGUCCAGUAUCCCAAGUAACUUUAGGUUGUAAAUACUUGGUGGUAUGGCCUUGAAAGGAAAGUUGUAUUACAACAUGAUAAUUUAAUCUGGUUGAGUCACUGUGUUAAACACAUGAAGGGAUCACAUUUGGAAAAAAUUCAUGUCAAUGUUUUAUCUGUACUAUCAUUUCUAUUAGCAAUUGCAUACAGCUGUGUCAAUGAGUUUUUUGGUUUGACAUGAUUGGAAACAUUUUACAGUCUUCACGCUUUUUCAUUCGUUGAUGAUUGGCAAUUUUUGUCACUGAAGAAAAAGAAUACAUGUUUAUCGUACAAGUAUGAAAGCUUUGAAGUAAAGCUUUUUAUGCUUUCAAAUUAAGAUAAGAUAAGAUUCUUUUAUUGAUCCAAACAAAUGGAAAUGUUUUUUGAUUGGAUUGUAUCUUUUCAGCACAUAAAUAAAACAAUUUGAACGCAAGACAUCUACAUUAAAUUAUUUCACAAGUGAAAAAAAAACAGCCAUUCAGUGAAUUCUCUUAGCCAUAUCAGUGACUUGAUAGUUCUCAUAAAGAUUUGUGACUUCAGGGGGAGCCUGCUAGUAAUUCAUACAGAUUGGGGAACAAAUAAUUUUUAUAUCUUUCAGUCCUCGCUCUGAUGGAAAGAAUUUGUCCCGAACGUGCCGAUCCUAAGUAUCAGUGAUGAAGAGGGUGGGGUGUAUCAUCCAAAAUGUGUUCAGUUUUACAAAAAACAUCUUUAUUCAAAUCGUUCUUCAAGUUAAGGAUGUUUAGUUUGUGUUAUGUUCCUAGCUUUCUUGAUCAGUCUGUUUAUUUGGUGUUUAAUAUCAGACCAUGAAUUCCCUCAGCAGCAGGUAAUAUUGAAAUUAAGUAGGCACUGUAAAUUAAAUUGGUGCGCUGUAGAAUAUAAGUUCACGACUAGUUUGUCUAUGCUGAAAUUGUACAAUAUUUUAAGGUAGAACAGUCUGGUUGAAUUUCUUAUACAGCAUUUGGCCAUCCUCAUGCCAUGUCAGCUUAUUAUUAAUGGUGACACCUAAGUACUUCUAUGCCUCCACUUUCUCUACACUUUGAUUUUUUAUGUUGAGAUCUGUAAUCAGGUGUUUCCCCCUCCUGAAAUCAACAACCAUUUCCUUUGUUUUUGAGACAUUCAGCUGCAGAAAAUUAUCAUUGCACCAAUUGGUAAAGCUUGUAACUAAGUUGGGGUAUAAGCCUUCUCCCUCAGAUAUUAAGCCAACGAUGCUGGUAUCAUCAGCAAAUUUUAAGAUUGGAACGGUUUCACUUGAGCUUUGAAUAUCAUUGGUAUAUAUGGUGUACAGUACAGGAGAGAGAACGCAGCCUUGUGGUGCCCGGUGCUUAUUUCUCUUGUUAGAGAUAUUGGUCAUUUACCUUGACAUAUUGUGGGCCAUUUGUUAAAAAGUUCGGUAUCCAAGCUUGAAUAUUUAAAUUAACACCUAACGAGGAAAGUUUCUUUAAAAUAAGGUGUGGUUGGAUAGUGUUAAAUGCUGAUGAGAAGUCUGAGAAAAGCACUCUGGCAUAUAUUUUAGAGCUGUCUAGGUGAUGGUAAAGUCUCUCCAACAAUAGUAAGAUUCUCAAUCUUGGACAAAACAAUAUCAACAUGUAUGAUUAGCAGAAACUUUUUGUUCAAGGUAUCACUUCUUCAAUACAUCCUUUUACUUUAAAUAGUUUGUAGUGCACAAUGACUGGUCUAAAUCUGAUGAGGUCAACAUUGUUAAGUCAGAUAAUCUGAUUUCAGAUCUUUUAUCCCCCCCACCACCCCAAAAAAAAACCAAAGAAAGGGAGUCCAUAUUUAUAAGUAUCUCUGAAAAUAGUUACGGACAUCGAUAAUGAUUGAGUUACCUGCAGAAAGUUUUGACCCAAGUAAAGUUCUUGCAACUGUACGUUAGAAACUUGUGGUAGAGUGUUGAGCUUUGUGUUCUCCAGAUCCAGCACCUGCAAGGCGGGCAGUUCAAACACUACUGCUGGGAUGUGCUCAGAUUUGAUCUGGCCUUUCUUCAGUAAGUUCUCCAUGUAAGGGUCAACUACGCCACAGAAACUCCUAGGAUUGAAAGCAUUCAGUUUAUUCUUUCCGUUAGAAUUUAUGUUCUUUACACGCAAAAUCUAAAAAAAAAAAUUAAAAUUAUUUUAAGAAAUAAAUCACCUUUGAACAAAAAAAGGGUCAAAAUCAUUCAGUUUUAAAAAAGAAACUUUGAACAUUUUUUAGUAACAAAAAUUUUGAUUUGUUCUCAUAUUAUGUAUUUAUAAAUUAUUUAUUUAUUAAAAUACACAUCCACCCUGUCUACUAAUGUCAUGAAAACAGUCUGACAACUAAAGUGUACACUUUCCUUGACAACCAUAGUGUACACAUUCCUUGACAACCAUAGUGUACACAUUCCUUGACAACCAUAGUGUACACAUUCCUUGACAACCAUAGUGUACACAUUCCUUGACAACGAAAGUGUACACUUUCCUUGACAACCAAAGUGUACACAUUCCUUGACAACCAAAGUGUGCACAUUCCUUGACAACCAUAGUGUGCACAUUCCUUGACAACCAAAGUGUACACAGUCAUUGACAACCAAAGUGUACACAUUCAUUGACAACCAUAGUGUACACAUUCCUUGACAACCAAAGUGUACACAUUCAUUGACAACCAAAGUGUACACAUUCCUUGACAACCAAAGUGUACACAUUCAUUGACAACCAAAGUGUACACAUUCCUUGACAACCAAAGUGUACACAUUCAUUGACAACCAAAGUGUACACAUUCAUUGACAACCAAAGUGUACACAUUCCUUGACAACCAUAGGGUACACAUUCAUUGACAACCAAAGUGUACAUGUUUCAUUAAAUUUACACCAAGUUUAGUUUUGUUAUAAAUGACAGGAUUAUCAUUGCCAGUGUUCAUUGUUUCUUAUCUGUGAUUGAGUGUCAGGACUCUCACUCUGGGCAUCUCUGACAAGGUUUCAGGUACACUUUGUCUUACCUGUAGUUAAGUGCCAGGACUCUUAGUUUGGGCAUCUCUGAUAAGGUCUCAGGUAGUGUCUCAAUAGAAUUGCCCCACAGGUAGAGCUCCUCAAGUUCCUGGCAAUACGCUAUCUCUGGGGGAAGUGACGUGAUGUUAGUCUGCUGGACAUUCAACAGGACCAGAUUGGUCAGUUGCCCUAUAUCUGGUAGUAGAAUGUUCACCUAGAGGAGAAGAGUAUGACACAAGUUCAGUAUAAGUUGAUUGAACUCAUCGUUAGGUUACUUGAGUAAUUACAAUGUUGAUCAAUAUGGUGUUACUCUACACUGCACAUGCUGCCACUACCCAUGUGAUGAUACUCUACAGUGCACAUGCUGCUACUACCCAUAUGAUGUUACUCUACAGUGCACAUGCUGCUACUACCCAUCUGAUGAUACUCUACAGUGCACAUGCUGCUACUACCCAUCUGAUGAUACUCUACAGUGCACAUGCUGCUACUACCCAUCUGAUGAUACUCUACAGUGCACAUGCUGCUACUACCCAUCUGAUGAUACUACCCAUCUGAUGAUACUCUACAGUGCACAUGCUGCUACUACCCAUCUGAUGAUACUCUACAGUGCUGACCUUAUUUCUGCUGAGAUUCAACACUUUCAAACAAGUUAUCUUAAACACUGCUGGUGGCACGAAUGCCAAGUUGCAUUCUGAAAGGCACAGCUCAGUCAGAUUGGUCAACUGGGCCAUCUCCUGGGGUAGACCGCUGAAGUCUGUGCUACUGGUGCAGCGAAUGCCAUUCCUUGAGAGGUCCAGCUUCUCAAGGGUGUUCAUCAGUUUGAUCUCGGGAGGCAGAGCGCGCAUAUUGUUGGAGGACACAAUCAGGUGGCCGACAUCUUUGGCUGUUUGUGUGGAAGGCAAAUGUCAUGGAAAUAUAUACUGAUGAAAGAAUUCGAUGACUUGUAUCUUUGGGAGAUAAAAUACAAGGUGCAGAUACCAGGGUGAUGUCCUGUGCUGUACUCAGACUAAACUAUUUCUUACAUUCUAUUCUAGUUCUUUUGUCCUAGUUUUUUCUUCAAACUAAAACUUUGAUUUCAAUUAUAUUUUUUAUCGUAUACGGCUAAGGCACAUGAGACCUUCAGGUUAUUGAUAUAUUAUAUUUUUCAUAGAUCAGUGUGAAGCAAGAGACCACAUAAUCUCUACUCACUGUGGAUAAGAUUGGAAGGCAGGCUGGUCAAUCCCUGGCCAGACCAGUCCACGAUCUUGAGUCCAGACUCUGUGACAUUUGACGGCUCAGCGGUGACUGGCCUUUUCUGUUUGUCCUCUGAGGAUAGAACAAAACCUUGACUAAGAACAAUAACAUGAGCAGACCAAUAUGUCGAAAUGUUCAAAUAACAAAAAAAAAACCCACAAAAAAUGGUGUGUACCACAUAGUCACCUAGAGACGGCUGCUAUUACAUGAACCUUCUUACCUUGACCUUCUUACCUUUAGCACUGAGAUCUCUGCUCCCGCCAGAGGGCGGCACGCUCGCAAUAGGAGAGCGUUUCCUGCUGGAGACGGUCGACUUGGGUGGUGAUAAGGACUGUCUCCGUGCUGACUUCAUGGUGCUGCCUGUCUUGACUCUCUCUGGGGACGGCGUGGCCUUAGCAGUGGCCUUUCUCGGGGCUGUCGGGGACAGCUGGGCGGAGGAUUUCGUUGAUUUGCUUGGGGAGACCUCCCUGGUGGGAGAUUUCGUUGAUUUGGAUACCUCCCUUGCUGGAGAUUUCGUUGAUUUGGAUGGGGAGACCUCCCUGGUGGGAGAUUUCGUUGAUUUGGAUACCUCCAUUGCUGGAGAUUUCGUUGAUUUGGAUGGGGAGACCUCCCUGGUGGGAGAUUUCGUUGGAGAUGCAUCCCUCGAGACAGAUUUGGUUAAGGAUAUGGAUGACCCUCUCCGGGGUGAGUUCUUGGACAUGGCGGUAUCGUUUACGGUGAGAUCAAACUGGAAGUAAACACAGCCUCACUAUGAGUAGAUAUGUGGGUCAUGGUCAAUGGCUAGUCGCAUGUCAGUUUUAUUGAAUAACUUUUAAGGACGCUGUACUCACAACUAGGCUAGUAAACGAGUUUAUGACCAUUCACCAUUGAUUCUAAGAAAAGAUUCUCCAAACUAUUAAAUGUAUCUAUUAUACUUACACUUUAUAUCAAUUGUUACACUGUAUAAAAAUUGUUACACUUUUACAAAGGAUUGGUGUAGCCUCCGUUUUUCUUUGUUUUGUUUACAAGAUUUAUUUAAUCAUAGAAAGACGCUGAUAUUAAGGUAAUAUUAACAGUAACAAUUCUAUGAUUUAAAUAUAUUAGUUACAUAUUUUUUGUGUCAUGUUAUAAUUUAAAAGUCUACGAUUUCUCAAUUCAGUGCACCUGCGCCAAAAUUGAACGUGAAUGACUUCCCUUCCUUAUCAGCAGUCGUGAUGCAGUUAACCUCUCACCCAAAAUUGCGCUUGUUUGUUGAUACGGAUUUUUAAAAAAAACAUUGCCUCGACUGAGAGUCGAACUCGGGUCUGAACGAAAAGCUUCUACCAAUACCCCCCCCCCCCCCCCACCCCUCUGGCGGUAGCGAAGAUUUCGUUUAUCAUAUCUCAAACUCUGUAUCAUGAGACAGACAAGGGGGAAGCUGUUGAAACAUUCAAAAAAAUGAUCUUCCCUGGUGGACGCUCCCCGUAAAAACCACGUUCUUGGCACCGGUAGUUCUAAGAUCAUAAACGCCGCCACCAUGCUAUAUUAUGCUACUGAUGCUCUAAAGAAAUUUAAACGUGGCCGUUGUAUCUAAUGGCGGUUUUAUGGACACUUCAGACAUAGGGGCGAUGAUACUUUGGAGUCUUUACUUACUGUGACACUUCGAGACGACGUCAUAUCCGGUUUAGACUUGGCGGAACUGGGCACACAGCGCAUGUCACAGCACACAGCGCAUGUCACAGCACACAGCGCAUGUCACAGCACACAGCGCAUGUCACAGCACACAGCGCAUGUCACAGCACACAGCGUAUGUCACAGCACACAGCGUAUGUCGCAGCACACAGCGCAUGUCACAGCACACAGCGUAUGUCACAGCACACAGCGCAUGUCACAGCACACAGCGUUACAGUGUCGUGUGUGCGCAUGUCACAGCACACAGCGCAUGUCACAGCACACAGCGUAUGUCACAGCACACAGCGCAUGUCACAGCACACAGCGCAUGUCACAGCACACAGCGUAUGUCACAGCACACAGCGCAUGUCACAGCACACAGCGUAUGUCACAGCACACAGCGCAUGUCACAGCACACAGCGUUUGUCACAGCACACAGCGCAUGUCACAGCACACAGCGUAUGUCACAGCACACAGCGCAUGUCAUAUAAAAUUAAAUGCCUAGCCAAUACUAUGAUGCCAACAUUGGAAGAAAAAGAAAACAAAAGAGUCCAGUCGUAGAUAAUGAUCAAGUAAGCGACCCACACGCCGACCCACACGCGUCAGCUAAACAAUGGUGCUCACAAAUCGAUUGAAUGUUGAAGAAAAGUUUGACGAACGCCUCUGAACGACGAAGACGGUGAGCAGUUACGAUGAAGACAGGCGAGGGGUUAGCGGACUUGGAUAUGAAACAACCAAAAGGUACGAAGUGCCGACACAAGCCCGUCUGUUGAAACGUAACACUGAGCUCGUCCAGGCCUGCCGGAAGGCCUGCCUCGCGUUUUUUCAACUUUCGCCCGGCUUCAACUUCAAGGAAAGCUAGCGGAACUGCUUUGAAAAGGCGUCACGGUCUAAGUGGCAAUUUGACCCAAGCAGUAGCGUACUGUUGGAUGAUUGAUAUGGUGGAACUCAGGAGCGUAAACAGCCCAGAAACUCUUGACGUCAGAGGCGACCGCCACAGGGCCGUGCCAGGUUAUAGAAACUCAAACCCACCUGUGCCGUUUCACAAGUCAAAGAUAGAUUCUGUGGCUAAGAGGUCCUUCGGUGACCAGCUAGGUGACACUGGUGAGAAGAUUUGCACGCAAUGGUUGUUCUGUUGUUUUUAAAACAGUGUGAAGAUUUGUACAAGUCCUUGUGUAAUCGCUGAGCGACGUCUCGAUGUUUCUGUCAAUAUCGAUACCAUUAUGUUCUUGCAACAUAAUCGAAUUAUAACCGUUUGAAUGCAAUCAAUCAUUAAAGGUAAUCGAACCGUAUAUAAAAUUGCUGAAUUUAAAGUUAAUCUGUUCAGGCGUUGCUUUAAACUCAUGACAAACCCUUGGGAGGCCAGCAUGGCUUUGUGUUGAACUCAUGACAAACCCUAGGGAUGCCAGCACACCAAAUGUGCCGGAAACUGGUGUUAGUAGCUGAAUCGGAAGCAGUAAUCCUAGUCUCCGGAUAAGAAUUGUUGUCUGACUUGCUGCCGCCUGUUACCCGUUGUUGACACGGCAGUUGGUAGAUUGUGAUCAAUUUGUUCUUUGUUAGUUGACGUAGACUUUUGGCAUUUUGCUUCAUUUUAUUGUGUGUGUACUGUCUAUUGUAUGACUCACCAAGUGUACAUACGUAGAUGACUUUAGCUGGACAACACACGGGUACUCGUACCUAGAUUAAGACUGUAUUAUAUGUCAUUUUUAUCAGGCAGCGGUUUUGUCAGAUUAUGUCACAACUGUUUGAUGACACACCAUUCAGCUCUAGAUUAUCCUGCUCUGAUGCUUGUGCACCCUUGUCAGAGAUAUCGGUCUCUUGGCAGAUAUACAACACUGGAUAUAUCUGUAAUAUCUAGACAAAGAAAUAGAACUCUUGAGAUGUAAUAUCUGGACAUCUCUAGACAAAGAAACACAACCUUGGAUAUAUCUGGGCAUUUCUAGACACAGACCUGGAUAUAUCUGGACAUCUCUAGACACAGACCUGGAGACAUCUGGACAUAUCUAGAUACAGACCUGGAUAUAUCUGGACAUCUCUAGACAAAGACUUGGAUACAUCUGGACAUUUCUAGACACAGCCCUGGAUAUAUCUGGACAUCUCUAGACACAGACUAGGAUACAUCUGGACAUUUCUAGACACAGCCCUGGAUAUACCUGGACAUCUCUAGACACAUACCUGGAUACAUCUGGAAUCUCUAGACACAGACCUGGAUAUAUCUGGACAUCUCUAGACACAGACCUGGAUAUAUCUGGACAUCUCUAGACACAGACCUGGAUAUAUCUGGAAUCUCUAGACACAGACCUAGAUAUAUCUGGACAUCUCUAGACACAGACCUGGAUAUAUCUGACCAUCUCUAGACACAGAGACAACCCUCCAGAUUUAUGUCGAUCUCAAAACAGAGAGAUAUAUUUUUUGUUUUAAAUUCCCAGAACUCCACAGUUUGUAACGUCUACACCGUUGUGCCAUCUGAAAGCGUUGGGUUCCUUGUCUACAUGACGUCCAUUGACCAUACGCUGUUUUGCCAGACCAAUCCAAUCAUUAAACGGGUCGACUCUAGGCCGAAUCAAUCCACCCUCAUCACCCCCAGCCCGGGUCCCACGUGCCGCCUCUGUGGGUUUUCAUUAUAGCCACGCUGAUCGAAAACUUUUCAUUGUGCCGCCACACAAUGCGUGCCUGAAGUGUCCGCGCUAAUAGGUGGGGCGGUCGGUGGCGAUUGACUGCUCCGUUCAUUAGCUUCCACGGGGAACUGUUAGAAAAUGUUAUUGUAUUUUAAAAUGUUUCACGGUGAGAGAGCAUGGGACUGCUUUUCCCAGCCAACUGCUUCAUUACCACCACUGUGUCAAUGGUCUAAGUCCACCGAUGGGAGGUGUUUUCAGUUAAAUACCGACAAAAUGAAUGACCUUGUGCGUGAGGUUCAUUGAGGCAAAAAAUUUUUUUUUAAAUCACCAUCUUUAUGUAGAUAAUAUUUUUUGGGUAAUGGGCUUUGGUAAGUGUAGCUGUGGUGAGUGUAGCUGUCGUGAAUGUAGCGGUGGUGGGUGUAGCUGUGGUGAGUGUAGCUGUCGUGAGUGUAGCUGUGGUGAGUGUAGCUGUCGUGAGUGUAGCUGUGGUGAGUGUAGCUGUCGUGAGUAUAGCGGUGGUGGGUGUAGCUGUCGUGAGUGUAGCUGUGGUGAGUGUAGCGGUGGUGGGUCUAGCUGUCGGGAGUGUAGCAGGGGGUGUAGCUGUCGUGAGUGUAGCUGUCGUGAGUGUAGCUGUCGUGAGUGUAGCUGUCGUGAGUGUAGAUGUCGUGAGUGUAGCGGUGGUGGGUGUAGCGGUGGGGAGUGUAGCGGGGGGUGUAGCUGUCGUGGGUGUAGCGGUCGUGGGUGUAGCGGUGGUGUGGUGGGUCUAGGUGUCGUGAGUGUGGGGGGGGGUGGAGCUGUCGUGAGUGUAACGGGUGGGGGGUAGCUGUCUUGAAUGUAGCUGUCGUAAGUGUAGCGGGGGGAUGUAGCUGUCGUGAGUGUAGCGGUGGUGAGUGUAGCUGUGGUGGAUGUAGUGGUGGUGGAUGUAGCGGUGGUGGGUGUAGAUAUGGUGGGUGUACCUGUAGUUGGAGUAGAUGUCGUGAGUGUAGCUGUGGUGAGUGUAGAUGUGAGUGUCGCUGUGGUAGAUGUGGUUGCGGUAGCUGUGGUGGGCAUAGCUGUGGUGGGCGUAGCUGUGGUGGGCGUAACUAUGGUGGGCGUAGCUGUGGUGGGCAUAGCUGUGAUAGACGUGGCUGUGGUGCUGUUGUGGGUGUGGCUGUCGUGGGUGUAGCUGUUGUAAUUUAAAACAGACAAUAUUAAUCUUUUCUACGUUUUUAUUUAUUUAUUUAUUUAGGCAUUUUUAUAUAGCGCUUACCUUAAAGCUCUAAGCGCUUUACAAUUGUUAAAAACAUGUAAACUAAGUAAAAUAAAAAUGAGACACUAGGAUAGUUACUACUAUACUUUAGAAACAAUUAAAAUGGCUAUAAAACGAGGACACUUUGGCACGUUUUGGCCCAUACUACAGGAUCAACCCGAGACAGGAAAUGAGGCACACAGUGCAUGUAUUUAUUUAAUUUAUUUAAAUGAAUUAAUUAACAUGAAAAAUGUUCAUGUUUUCCCGAGAAACUGCGGGCGUACAAGGGGAAAGGGAUGCUUCUAUCUGAUCAAUCCCUGAUAUCAUUACAAUCUUAACACAUAAGUUGACCAGGUCUAAUGUCACUCAAUGAAAGUUGACCAGAUCUAAUGUCACUCAAUGAAAGGUGACCAGAUCUAAUGUCACUCAAUGAAAGUUGACCAGAUCUAAUGUCACUCAAUGAAAGUUGACCAGAUCUAAUGUCACUCAAUGAAAGUUGACCAGAUCUAAAGUCUCAAUGAAAGUUGACCAGAUCUAAUGUCACUCAAUGAAAGUUGACCAGAUCUAAUGUCUCAAUGAAAGUUGACCAGAUCUAAUGUCACUCAAUGAAAGUUGACCAAAUCUAAUGUCACUCAAUGAAAGUUGACCAGAUAUAAUGUCACUCAAUGAAAGUUGACCAGAUCUAAAGUCUCAAUGAAAGUUGACCAGAUCUAAUGUCACUCAAUGAAAGUUGACCAGAUCUAAUGUCUCAAUGAAAGUUGACCAGAUCUAAUGUCACUCAAUGAAAGUUGACCAAAUCUAAUGUCACUCAAUGAAAGUGACCAGAUAUAACGUCACUCAAUGAACGUUGACCAGAUAUAAUGUCACUCAAUGAAAGGUGACCAGAUCUAAUGUCACUCAAUGAAAGGUGACUAGAUCUAAUGUCACUCAAUGAAAGUUGACCAGAUAUAACUUCACUCAAUGAAAGUUGACCAGAUAUAAUGUCACUCAAUGAAAGGUGACCAGAUCUAAUGUCACUCAAUGAAAGUUGACCAGAUCUAAUGUCACUCAAUGAAAGUUGACCAGAUCUAAUGUCACUCAAUGAAAGUUGACCAGAUCUAAUGUCACUCAAUGAAAGUUGACCAGAUAUAACGUCACUCAAUGAAAGUUGACCAGAUCUAAUGUCACUCAAUGAAAGUUGACCAGAUCUAAUGUUAUUCAGUGAAAUAUGCCAAGAUCUGAUUAAAUGACAGUUGUCAAAAUCUGAUUCAAUGAAAGCUGCCAAGAUCUGAUAUCAUUCAUUGAAUUUGCCAAGAUCUGAUAUUAUUCAUUGAAGGUUGCCAAUAUCUGAUAUCAUGCACUGAAAUUGCCAAGAUAUGAUAUCAUUCAUUGAAGGUUGCUAAGAUCUGAUGUCAUUCAUUGAAGGUUGCCAAGAUCUGAUAUCAUCCAAUGAAGGUUGCCAAGAUAUGAUAUCAUUCAUUGAAAGAUGGAAAGAUAUGAUAUCAUUUAUUGAAGGUUGGAAAGAUCUGAUAUCAUUCACUGAAAUUGCCAAGAUCUGAUAUCAUUCACUGAAGGUUGCCACAAUCUGAUAUCAUUCAUUGAAGGUUGCCAACAUCAGUCGCCCAUCGUUCAAUUCGCGUGAGUUCAAGGCUUCUUCUUCAUUUUACAAUAAUUUUUGUUUAUCCUUUGAUAAUUUGAUCCAUUUAAUCAAUGUUAGCGAUCAAUUGAUUGUCUGGCGCCGAUAACCAGCUUAUUUCACCGUGCUUUUAACUAAUCGAGCAGGAAAACAAUGUCUGAUCCAAUCGAAGUCUUCGAUAAAAACCAGUCGUUGCCUGGGUGCUGUGGUUAAUCGAAAAUGUGGACAGCUUUUAAAAUAAUAUUUGUAAACAAAAUAAUUGAAUUUAUGAGCGAAAAUCAAAGACUUUUUGACGCUAUUUGAUUUCAAACUCUGUGUUACAUCCAAGUUGUCAGUGUUCCACAAGUCACAUCAAAGUUGUGUGUACCAGAUGUUACAUCCAAGUUGUCAGUGUUCCAAACGUCACAUCAAUGUUGUGUGUACCAGAUGUUACAUCCAAGUUGUCAGUGUUCCAAACGUCACAUCAAAGUUGUGUGUACCAGAUGUUACAUCCAAGUUGUCAGUGUUCCAAACGUCACAUCAAAGUUGUGUGUACCAGAUGUUACAUCCAAGUUGUCAGUGUUCCAAACGUCACAUCAAAGUUGUGUGUACCAUAUGUUACAUCCAAGUUGUCAGUGGACUCAACAAAAACUAUCUUAAAUGACAGUUGUCAUAGGUUAAUUUGCUGUUUUGGGGCAGUUGUCACGGAAUAAGAAGUUGGGUUUUAUUUUUGACAGUUGUCACGGAAUAAGAUGUUGAGUAUUAUUUAUGACAGUUGUCACGUGUAUUGCUAGUCCGAUGCUCGACAUUGCCCCCAUAUUAUCUUAACAAUACGGUAGUAGAUAUAAAAAAAAAGCUAAAAAAAACCCAACAUGUCUGUACUGUAUGUGGAAAGUCACUGUGAUUAGUGUGUUACUGAAUCUUGUAUAAAGCCACCGUGGUUAGUGUGUUACUGAAUCUUGUAUAAAGCCACCGUGGUUAGUGUGUUACUGAAUCUUGUAUAAAGCCACCGUGGUUAGAGUGUUACUGAAUCUUGUAUAAAGCCACCGUGGUUAGUGUGUUACUGAAUCUUGUAUAAAGCCACCGUGGUUAGAGUGUUACUGCAUCUUGUAUAAAGCCACCGUGGUUAGAGUGUUACUGAAUCUUGUAUAAAGCCACCGUGGUUAGUGUGUUACUGAAUCUUGUAUAAAGCCACCGUGGUUAGAGUGUUACUGAAUCUUGUAUAAAGCCACCGUGGUUAGGGUGUUACUGAAUCUUGUAUAAAGCCACCGUGGUUAGUGUGUUACUGAAUCUUGUAUAAAGCCACCGUGGUUAGUGUGUUACUGAAUCUUGUAUAAAGCCACCGUGGUUAGGGUGUUACUGAAUCUUGUAUAAAGCCACCGUGGUUAGUGUGUUACUGAAUCUUGUAUAAAGCCACUGUGGUUAGGGUGUUACUGAAUCUUGUAUAAAGCCACCGUGGUUAGGGUGUUACUGAAUCUUGUAUAAAGCCACCGUGGUACUGAAUCUUGUGUAAAGUCAUUAAAUCGUGUGUAAAGUCAUUGUCAUUGAAUCUUGUGCAAAGUCAUUAAAUCUUGUUUAAAGUCAUUGAAUCUUGUGCAAAGUCAUUAAAUCUUGUUUAAAGUCAUUGAAUCUUGUUUAAAGUCAUUGAAUCUUGUGUAAAGUCAUUGAAUCUUGUUUAAAGUCAUUGAAUCUUGUGUAAAGUCAUUGAAUCUUGUGUAAAGUCAUUGAAUCUUGUGAUUUCAGUAACUUAGAACACAUUUCAGUAACUUAGAACAGUAAAGUCAUUGAAUCUUGUGUAAAGUCAUUGAAUCUUGUGUAAAGUCAUUGAAUCUUGUGUAAAGUCAUUGAAUCUUGUGUAAAGUCAUUGAAUCUUGUUUAAAGUCAUUGAAUCUUGUGUAAAGUCAUUGAAUCUUGUGUAAAGUCAUUGAAUCUUGUGUAAAGUCAUUGAAUCUUGUGUAAAGUCAUUGAAUCUUGUUUAAAGUCAUUGAAUCUUGUGUAAAGUCAUUGAAUCUUGUUUAAAGUCAUUGAAUCUUGUGUAAAGUCAUUGAAUCUUGUGUGAAGUCAUUGAAUCUUGUGUAAAGUCAUUGAAUCUUGUUUAAAGUCAUUGAAUCUUGUGUAAAGUCACUGAAUCUUGUGUAAAGUCAUUGAAUCUUGUGUAAAGUCAUUGAAUCUUGUUUAAAGUCAUUUAAUCUUGUGUAAAGUCAUUGAAUCUUGUGUAAAGUCACUGAAUCUUGUGUAAAGUCAUUGAAUCUUGUUUAAAGUCAUUUAAUCUUGUGUAAAGUCAUUAAAUCUUGUUUAAAGUCAUUAAAUCUUGUGUAAAGUCAUUGAAUCUUGUGUAAAGUCAUUGAAUCUUGUGUAAAGUCAUUGAAUCUUGUUUAAAGUCAUUGAAUCUUGUUUAAAGUCAUUGAAUCUUGUGUAAAGUCAUUGAAUCUUGUGUAAAGUCAUUGAAUCUUGUGUAAAGUCAUUGAAUCUUGUGUAAAGUCAUUGAAUCUUGUUUAAAGUCAUUGAAUCUUGUGUAAAGUCAUUUAAAGCCAUUGAAUCUUGUGUAGAUCAACUUGUUAAGUUACUACGUACACGUUUUUGUUUUCAAUUAUGAAAAACAGUUGAACCAUAACUUUAUGCUGAAUGAAAAAGUUCAAGAAAGGCCUAGUUAAUAGUUAAAAUUAAGAAUUCUUCUAGUGUCGAUGCCAAACAUCACCGUACCUGCCAACAUGUGUUUUAAUUCAUGGCCAUCUGGCCAGCCCAGGUCGCGCAGUCCGCCGGUUAGGGAUGUAAUCCUCUAGUUAAAGCCACAUUGAAACGCGACAGCUGUCCUUUUGCUGGUGUGUGUCUUGAUGACCACGGCAGUACGCCGCCAUGACAUAUCCAGUACCUGUAACCACAGACAACGGACUAAUCCAAGGGAGACUAUUGUCUGUAAGGGAACUCGGUACGACUUGUUGCCGUCGUGCUAUCAGCGACACUGUUAUUGUGCUGUGUCGGCGUGGGGCCUUACACUGGCACUCCGUUACAUUUCAGGUACGAUUGGGAUUGGGGGGGGGGGGGGGGGGACUGUAGGGUAUUGGGGGGGGGGGGGGGUGGACUGUAAGCUAAUGGUAGGGAUCGAAUUUAUGUCAGGGUGUCUUAACACGCCAAUAUCUGUUCUGUGUCGGCGUCAAUGUUUGGCUCCAUGUGUCGGUAGUAGAUGGUGGCUUAAUGUGUUUGUAUUCAAUGGUGGCUUAACGUGUCUGUAUUAAGGGGUGCCUUAAUGUGUCUGUGUCAACUGCGUGGUAUAUGAUGUGCCUGGUUCAUGCAUGCUAGAGGGCGUCGGGGUUAAGCUCAAACACCCCCCCCCCCGUCCAAUUUAUGUUGAUCACUGGGAAAAUUAAAUAAUGUCUUUGGCGUUGAUGCCACAUGUUAAUGAUGGGGCUGUAACUGGCAUUCAGGGGGUUUGAAAUGGGCAUACAAUAGGGUCAUAAUGGGCAUACCAUAGGGGCACAAUGGGCAUGCAAUGGGGUUGUAAUGGGCAUACAAUAGGGUCACAAUGGGCAUGCAAUGGGGUUGUAAUGGGCAUACAAUAGGGGCACAAUGGGGUUGCAAUGGGCAUACAAUUGGGUCACAAUGGGCAUGCAAUGGGGUUGUAAUGUUCAUACAGUACAUUUUAAAUUGGCAUACAGAUGGAGUAUAAUGAUCAUACAGCGCAGUUGUCAUGGGUAUAUAGUGGGGUUGUAAUGGGAAUAUAGUUAUGUUGUAAUGGGCAUCGGAGGGUUGUAAUGGGCAUAUAGGGGACUGGUAGGUGACAUAUCCUUGGACAGCAUUUUUUUGUUAGCAGUAGCAGCGUAAUAUUCAUGAGUGAAUAUUGUAACUUUACUUUAAUACAACUUGUGAAAACACACGACAGCUUGUUAACCUGGUCAGUCAAUCAUAGACACCAAUCAUUGUACUCAGACGACGUGUCAGUGAGCUCUGCCUGUUUCCAUUGUUGGGUCUUUUUACGUGUCCGUGAAUUCUGUUUGUUUUCAUUUUUGGGUCUUUUGACGUGUCACUGAAUUCUGUUUUUUUCCAUUAUUGGCUCUUUUGACGAGUCACUGAGUUCUGUUUUUUUCCAUUAUUGGGUCUUUUGACAUGUCAGGGAAUUCUGCUUGAUUCCAUUAUUGGGUCUUAUGACGUGUCAGUGAAUUCUGUUUGUUUCCAUUGUUGUGUCUUUUGACGUGUCAGUGAAUUCUGUUUGUUUCCAUUGUUGGGUCUUUUGACGUGUCAGUGAAUUCUGUUUGUUUCCAUUAUUGGGUCUUUUGACGUGUCACUGAAUUCUGUUUGUUUCCAUUGUUGGGUCUUUUGACGUGUCACUGAAUUCUGUUUGUUUCCAUUGUUGGGUCUUUUGACUUGUCAGUGAAUUCUGUUUGUUUCCAUUGUUGGGUCUUUUGACGUGUCACUGAAUUCUGUUUGUUUCCAUUGUUGGGUCUUUUGACGUGUCACUGAAUUCUGCUUGUUUAUAUUGUUGGGUCUUUUGACGUGUCACUGAAUUCUGUUUGUUUCCAUUAUUGGGUCUUUUGGCGUGUCACUGAAUUCUGUUUGUUUCCAUUGUUGGGUCUUUUGACGUGUCAGUGAAUUCUGUUUGUUUCCAUUGUUGGGUCAUUUGACAUGUCACUGAAUUCUGUUUGUUUCCAUUGUUGGGUCUUUUGACAUGUCAGUGAAUUCUGUUUGUUUCCAUUGUUGGGUCUUUUGACACGUCACUGAAUUCUGCUUGUUUCCAUUGUUGGGUCUUUUGAUGUGUCAGUGAAUUCUUUUUUUUCCAUUGUUGGGUCAUUUGACGUGUCAGUUUAAUCUGUUUGUUUCCAUUGUUGGGUCUUUUCAUGUGUCAGUGAAUUCUGUUUGUUUCCAUUGUUGGGUCUUUUGAUGUGUCAGGGAAUUCUGCUUGUUUCCAUUAUUGGGUCUUUUGAUGUGUCAGGGAAUUCUGUUUGUUUCCAUUGUUGGGUCUUCUUGGUAUGCAAUAGAUGGAGCGUUCUGUCUGCCGAUGACACCGUGAGAUAGCAUGACAGAUCAGUAGAUCUUGUCCUAUGACUUACCAUCAGUAGGUCUUGUCCUAUGACUUACCAUCAGUAGAUCUUUUCCUAUGACUUACCAUCAGUAGAUCUUGUCCUAUGACUUACCAUCAGUAGAUCCCAUCUAGACUAGAGGCGGUCUAUGCAGACUUCAGUUUAUAACAGCAAAGUAUAUUAAAAGAUAUUUGUUCUGUUUCAAGGUACUGCUGCAAAUGUCCAUCAUCAUCACCGGCAACUACAACUUCUUCAACCUGCUGACCAUCACUUUGUGUCUGAGCCUGCUGGACGACUCAUUCUCUCUGUUCUCACAGACCACUUAUAACAGAGGUAAUCAGUCAGUCACCUAUAGGUGGAAAGUAACAAAUAAAUUUGCACAUCUUUUCAUCCAUCAUCCUACUAUAAUAUGAUGAAUAAGUUUUGUUUAAACAUUGUGUAUAUUCUGUCCACUCCACAAAUCAGUUUAUUUUACUAAUGUGGUCAAGUAACCUCCACUUUUCCUAUAGAGAUAAUUCCCACAUUUGUAUAAAACUAAUGAAAGAAACAAAUUUCUAGAAUCUUUAAUGACUACACUAAGAGUUUCUGUUUAACAGAUAGCCAAAAUAAUAGUCAUUUUACCAUGUAUUGUCCCUCCUCAUUGCCCCAUGUUAUUGUUUCUCCUCAUAGUCCCAUGUUACUUUUUCUCCUCAUUUUCCCAUGUUAUUAUUUCUUCUCAAAGUCCCAUGUUAUUGUUUCUCCUCAUUGUCCCAUGUUAUUGUUUCUCUUCAUUGUCCCAUGUUAUUGUUUCUCCUCAUUGUCCCAUGUUAUUGUUUCUCUUCAUUGUCCCAUGUUAUUGUUUCUCCUCAUUGUCCCAUGUUAUUGUUUCUCCUCAUUUUCCCAUGUUAUUGUUUCUCCUCAUUUUCCCAUGUUAUUAUUUCUCCUCAUUGUCCCAUGUUAUUGUUUCUCCUCAUUGUCUCGUGUUAUUGUUUAUAUUCAUUGUCCCAUUUUGUUAUUUCUCCUCAUUGUCUCAUGUUCUUUGUUAUCCUCAUUAACCCAUGUUAUUGUGUCUCCUCACUGUCCCAUGUUAUUGUUUCCUCUCAUCAAACAAAUUUUUCCCCAUCAUUGUCCCAUAUUAUUGUUUCCCAUCACUGUCCACUGUUACAAUUUCAUCUCACAGAUAAAGGUGCUGCCAAGAAAAAGUCAGUGGCCUGGAGUGGCAUCAGUGUGUUGUCCAACAUUGCCUUCCCUGCUGUGGUCCUGGGGUAUAUUGCUUACAAAACUUGGGAACUCUUCCGUCUAAGACUGACCCCUGAUUGGACGGUCAAUUCAAAGAUUGGUGAGUAAUCUUUCGAUUUAGAUAUUUUGCAAUCUGUCGUCUAAUAAAAGAGUUGCAUCACAAAUCUUUAUAUUAUGGAAUUGUAACUAGCCAAAUUAGCUUACCUUUAUUCUAGUUUUAAAAAUGUUCGUCUUUGUAUUAAUUUUAAUAUAUUUGCUGAUAAAAUGCAUGGUCAUAUGUAGUUUAUUGUAAUAAAAAACAUUUCCAUUUAUUUGGAUCGAUUUCAUGUCAUACUAAAAUAACCCAUAAAUCCACCACUAUCUCAUAGAUUAAUGUAUACUAAAAUAACCCAUAAAUCCACUAUCUCAUAGAUUGAUGUUAUACUAAAAUAACCCAUAAAUCCACUAUCUCAUAGAUUAAUGUAUACUAAAAUAACCCAUAAAUCCACCACUAUCUCAUAGAUUAAUGUAUACUAAAAUAACCCAUAAAUCCACUAUCUCAUAGAUUAAUGUAUACUAAAAUAACCCAUAAAUCCACUAUCUCAUAGAUUAAUGUAUGUUUAAAUAAGCCAUAAAUCCACUAUCUCAUAGAUUGAUGUAUACUAAAAUAACCCAUAAAUCCAUUAUCUCAUAGAUUAAUGUAUGCUUAAAAAAGCAAUAAUUCCACUAUCACAUAGAUUGAUGUAAACUAAAAUAACCCAUAAAUCCACUAUCUCAUAGAUUAAUGGGAAAGAAAAUAAAAUAUAUUUGAUUUAUAAAACAAUGAUUGGCAAACUUAUCUACCUUUAUGUUAUAAAAACCAUGAUUCACAUAACUCUCUCACUCUAUGCUCUAGAACAGGCCUGCACAACAUACAGACCGCGGGCCACAUCUGGCCCGCCAGCACCCUCUUUGCGGCCCGCGAAGUAACAAAAUAUUCUUUAUUCUUAUUAUUUUCUUAAUAGCUUUCCCCCCGUCCUAGUUUAUUUUGGCCCGCAUAAGCCCUGUCCUAUUUUCUUUUGGCUCGCACAAGUUUUUUCAUAAAGUAUUACGACCUGCCUUACAUUUGGAGUUGUGCAGGCCUGCUCUAGAACCAUAUUCACAAAAUUAUCUCCCUUUAUGCUAUAGAACCAUAAUUCACAUAGUUCUCUCCCUUUAUGCUAUAAAAACCAUGAUUCACAAAAUUCUCUCCCUGUAUGCUAUAGAACCAUAACUAAUGACAAAGGAAACUUGUUAUGACCAAUGACCAUUGUUAAUCUAUUAACAUGAACCGCAGCAGAUAAUAAAAUUGAAUAGUUUUUUUAAUUUGAUGUUUACGCUAAAGACAUUUACAGUGGAACCUCUUAUAACGAGCACCUCUCAUAACGAGUAAUUCGCAUAACGAGCAAUUCGCAUAACGAGCAAAAAAAAUGCGAAGAAGUUGCGCCCUUAACAAGCGAAUUUCGCAUAAUGAGUUACGCAGAAAGGGGAGGUCCCUUUUUUUAAUAUAUUAAAAAAACAAACAACAAAAAACAACAACAACUCUACACUAAAACACUCUUGUAGCGUUGUUUUCAAGUUCCCGAAGAGACAAAUCUCACUCUUAGAGAGUUUUAGAAAGAUAAUUUUCACAUCGUUGCUUGCCUCAAGAUGAUUGACAAGGCUUGGGAAGGAGUUACCAAGGGGACCCUCACUUCUGCUUGGAAAAAACUUGGGCCAGAGAGUGUUGUUGAAUGUGAUUUUGAAACAGUACCUGUGGAGUCUACAGUUAACGAGAUUGUGUCAUUGGCCAAUAUCAUAGGACUCGAGGUGGAUAACAACGAUAUUGAAGGGCUUGUGAAAGAGCACAGGUUGACCACCAAAGAGGUUAUGGAGUUGCAGCGUGUUUCACAGCAAGAAAGUAUGGAGGAGAGCUCAUUAAUAGAGGAGGAAGUAGCAGAGCAACAAUCUUCUAGCGCAAUAAGAGAAAUGCUGAAAGGAUGGGAAACUGUUGCAUCGUACAUUGAGAAGCAUCACCCCAAUAAGGAGGGGGCUAUUCGUGCUGCAAAUUUAUUCAAAGAUAAUGCUGUGACACAUUUUCGUCAAAUUUUGAAGCGUCUCGCGUCUGCAAAAACAUAUGUCUUUAGACAGUUUUCUAGUUAAAAAGGAUUAAUUAUUUGUCAUAAAUUCAUAUUUUUAUUUACCAUUUAUGUUUUUUGUUUCAAAUCUAAAUUGUAUUCCAAGCAGUUACACUCCUUAACAAUUCAUAAGUAAUUUUAUUUGAAUAAAUGUUAAUAAAAAUUUGUGAAAAAUUAUUAUUUUUUCAGCAUGGAACACAUUAUCGUAUUUUACAUUGAUUUGUAUGGGAAAAAUUGUUUCUUUUAACGAGUGUUUCGCUUAACGAGUAAGAGUCUGGAACGAAUUAUAUUCGUUAAUGAGAGGUUCCACUGUAUAUGAAAUAAGCCUGAGGCAGGUACUGACCCAGAUACCCAGACAUUCCCAGUAUUCGCACACCCGGCACAUACCGAAACCCAGGGAAAAAAAGGUCAUUGUAUGUGAGCCCCUUUUAGGUUUGGGGUCACCACAACAUGAUAAACUGUAUUUAAGCGGCUAAUUUAUUCAAAUAUUUUGGCAGCGUCUUUUCAUUAUUUAAACUUACAUCAGAUAUGUUUGUUUUUUCUUUGUCCUUUUAUUUUUUGUUGUUGCUUAAGCUUAAAAGUUGACAGAUUCCACACAUAUGUAUGACCAGGUGUGUGAAUUUUUAAAAACUUUUCUGGGCAUUGAUUUACAGAGCCACCUCAAACCUUCUUAUAAUAUGAAUCAUCUUAACAGAAAGCCAUAAGAUUUCAAAAAUAGCAAUUUUUUAAAGAACACAUUAUGUCAUCUUCAGCCUUAAAGAAAAGUCAAUGACAUUAUGUCAUCUUCAGCCUUAAAGAAAAGUCAAUGACAUUAUGUCAUCUUUAGCCUUAAAGAAAAGUCAAUGACAUUUUGUCAUCUUUAGCCUUAAAGAAAAGUCAAUGACAUUAUGUCAUCUUUAGCCUUAAAGAAAAGUCAAUGACAUUAUGUCAUCUUUAGCCUUAAAGAAAAGUCAAUGACAUUAUGUCAUCUUUAGCCUUAAAGAAAAGUCAAUGACAUUAUGUCAUCUUUAGCCUUAAAGAAAAGUCAAUGACAUUAUGUCAUCUUUAGCCUUAAAGAAAAGUCAAUGACAUUAUGUCAUCUUUAGCCUUAAAGAAAAGUCAAUGACAUUAUGUCAUCUUUAGCCUUAAAGAAAAGUCAAUGACAUUAUGUCAUCUUUAGCCUUAAAGAAAAGUCAAUGACAUUUUGUCAUCUUUAGCCUUAAAGAAAAGUCAAUGACAUUAUGUCAUAUCUCAGUCAGGGGUGAACACUUGACAUCUUGUUUCUUUUCUUUUUUUUUUUACAUUUUUUUAAAUUGCCUUUAUUUUUUUCAGCUUUUACAGAAAAGGCGUUCUUUCAGUGGCUGGAGAACAUCAUGCCGUACACCGUCUACCUGGGAGCUGGAUCCCUGGGACUGGAGAUUCUCUUGUCGUUGGUCAGGUAAACAGGUCAUAAGUUUACUGAGGAGUCCAUGAGGCAAAACACUGGGAGUGACAAAUUUGUUAAAUUUUGUACAUCAUGGGGACAAGCAAGCGCCAUUUGUUAACAUAUGGAUCUGUUUUGUCUCCCUAAGUUAGACGUCACUGCCCCAAUCUCUUACUGGCCAUGCAACUUGAAGCUAAAAUAGAAAAUUUAUAUAAAACUAAAAAGAAUCUAUGUGGUAAGGGUGGGGGAGGGGAGGCUUGAGAGGAGGUCAUAUAGUGCAAUGUUCAAAUGGUGAAUAAAUCAUUCGUAAGUUAACUGGAUGACAUGGAAAAUCUGACCGGGAUCAGCAAUGUACAUCAUGGGCCAAAAAAACUUUUUUCUGAGAGGACGAAACAUUGGUCAGACAAAGCCUUGUUAUAGAUAUUCUGAAUACCUCAAUAGCUGUCUGACCAGACUAAGUCUUGUUUUAGAUAUUCUCAAUACCUCAGUAGCUGUCUGGCCAGACAAAGUCUGCAGGCACAAUCUGAUCAUUACAACAUCUUUUUGAACAUAGAAAUGAAUGAUGUUGAGGAUGUAGAGCAAUGUCCCAAUCUUAGUUUAACAAUGAAUCCUGUUCUUGAAGUUAAGUUUAAUAUGGGGAGAAGCGACGUAAAAUGAGAACGCCCUGUACUUACUAAAAUGUUGUGUCUAUGACCAGGAGUUUAAUCUUGGAGAGAGGAUGGUUACAUAAAGGAAUGUCCACGGCGGGGACUGUGUUCUUUGGUCUCUUGGCCGCUUUUAUGUUCACUAUAAGCUUGGUAAGUCUUUGUCUCUGAUGUAUAUCUUUGGUCAGUCUUUGUCAAUGUUAAAAUGUUUGGUAAAGUCAUUGUCAAUGUUUAUAUACCUUUGGUAUGUCUUUGUCAAUGUUUAUAUGUUUGGUGUUUGUCAGUGUUUAUAUGUUUGGGAAGACAUUGUCAAUCUUUAUAUGUUUGGUAAGUCUUUGUCACUGAUGUUCGGUAAUUUUGUUAGAUACAGAUACAUGUUUCUGCUGUCUUUCACCACCGCUUUAAAACUUUUUUUUUAGUGUAUGUUAAACCAUGUCAUCAUGUACGUCCUAGAGCAGGGGUGUCAAACUCAAUCGCUGGGCAGGCCAAAACUCAAAUCACAUGUAAGGCUGCUCGCCGAACAGGAUAAACUUUCAAUAAUCGGAAAAUUAAUCUUUUUUUUAAAAACAUUUAUAUAAAUAAAAACAGAAAAAAGAUUUAAUAAUUAAUAAUCAUUGGCAUACCCAUUUUCGUUCUUAUGUCAAUAUGUCAGAGCUGGAUGUUUGGCACAUUUACUUGGCUACAAGUUCGUUUAUGUUGGGAGCAACGUUCUGUGUCACUGAGAUUCUCAUGAUGGACUGCAAGUGUUCAUCAGUGAGACGACUCCUGUGUGAUGUUUCGUUAAUCUUCAUCACAGAAAACAGCUGCUCAUACAUAUACGUGCUACCCAACAUGCUCAAGGUUUGAGCCGCAUGGAGGCAAAGCUGAAGCAUCUGUUCAGAACUGAACUGUGCAGGCCCAACUGCGUUGUACUUUGCCUUUAGUGUCCCAUGAAUGAUGCAGCUCUAUUAGCUCCAUCUGCAAAUUUACAGGUGCAGUCUCCACGUCUAUGACAAAUGGGUUACGAAACAGCUCGAAAUUACAUUACUGUGCUUCAGAGUCAUUAAAGCACUGUGCGAACUCGGUGCGAAGUAAGCUACGUUUUUCAUCAAAGUGUACAUCGGGAAACACCAUAGCAUUGACUUGGAUAUAAUUGUAUGCCGGUCAAGACCUUGCGGGCCUGGUAUAAUUGUACGGCGGGAUGGAUGUGGCCCGCAGGCCUUGAGUUUGACACGUGCUCUAGAGUAAUUACUUUUUGACAAGCAUUAUAAAUAGAUUUUGGGGAAUUUUUGUACUUCUAAUGAUGUUCAAUAGCUCUUACAAAAGUAAGCCAAUGAUAAUUUUAAUGUUGCAAGAAUUGUUAUUCUUGGGCUUCCACUGGGUUUUUAACAAUUUUACAUCAUAGAAUCUUUCCAACUUUUACAUUCCAUUCCUGUAACUGACAGUGUCUAGUUCCCAAAUUGACAAUAUCUAUUUCCCAAACUGACAGUUUCUACUAUUUCCCAGAGUGACAGUGUCUAAUUCCCAAAAGUGUAUUUUUCCCAAAGUGACAGGGUCUUAUUCCCAAAAGUGACAAGUUUCAUUUCAAGUUAGAAGAUGUAUAUCUCCAUCAUGUGAUUAACAUCCCCCUACUCCAUAAUCACGUCCACCUCUGUCUCUAGGUCCCUCACUCCGCCGUCCACAAACCUUUCCAAGACUCUCUACCCAAAGAUAUCCUAAAGUACCAUGGACUCAGUCGGCACUUCCACCUGACGAGUUCUUACGGUUUGUUUAGGAGGUACUUGCCACGGGCCGGACACUGAGUUGUUAUUAGAGGAAAACCAACCUUGACCUUGUCUUGUUGCUGCUUGUGCUAAUCCUCACGCUUGGUGCUUCUGGCCUUGACCUACUUAUCUUUAUUUCUUUUCGUUAUAAAUCACUCACAGGAUGACUGUUAUGUAGGAAAGUAAUUCUAGCAAUUAUAUUAAACUAUUUUUCUUACCACUUAAGCUCGACUUUCUAAUUGUUUCAACGUUCAAUACAGAUGCAAGGUGAGAGAAAUAAUUUUUAAAAAAAAACAAAAAAAAAACAAUAACCACAGAAGGAUUCCUUUUGUUUCUAAUUUUAAUCCCAAAUGCGUAUUUAAUUAAAUAAAAUUUUCACAAUCGAAUCAAAAUUUAAGUUAGCGGAUUCACUUAAAAAAGCUCCUUUACUUUAGACAAGAUAUAAUAAACAAAUGUAUUUAAUUAUCUUAACUUAUUUGGAGAUGAGUGUUCUCUGUGAAUGACCUAACAUUAACAUUUCUGCAUGAGUGUUCUCUGUGAAUGACCUAACAUUAACAUUUCUGCACGAGUGUUCUCUGUGAAUGACCUAACAUUAACAUUUCUGCAUGAGUGUUCUCUGUGAAUGACCUAACAUUAACAUUUCUGCAUGAGUGUUCUCUGUGAAUGACCUAACAUUAACAUUUCUGCAUGAGUGUUCUCUGUGAAUGAGCUAACAUUAACAUUUCUGCAGUGCACAUAAUUUAGAUUUUCUAGAGAUUUUUGGGUGUGGUGUACACAUUUCCCACCGCUCACAACUCUAAUGGCAUUUAUUCAAUUUUUUUUUUUUCAACAUCUCACAUAUUUAGUCUGUAUAUUAGUUGGUAUUUUUUUUUUGAAGUGAGAUUGUAUAUAUCGUUUAGAUGAAAAAAUGCUGACUUGCACAAAGGCGUAUCAUGCGAACCCCUAACUUAAAGAAACAUGUUGUAUACAUAAAAUGACCUGUAAUGACCUCGGUGUAGAAGGCAGACAUAGUGACACCACAUUAUGAUACAAAUGUGACUUUUCAAACAUAGCUAGAAUAUAUUAUAUAACAUCUUUAUCACAUGACUUCCUGUUGAUAAUGCCUCACUGACUGCUGUAAGAGACAUAUCUUGCAUAACAUUCAAACAACUUGGUUUUGUAUUAUGUGUAAUCUAACUGAAUGAAAUCUUAGGUUUUCUUCCAAUAAAAACAACACACAUAGAAUCAGACAUGCCACUCAAAACAACUGGUAUGUUUGACAGGCCGUUCAGCACAAACGGAUGUAUUAAUUGAACAACCUUAAAGUUCUAAUGUCUAGCUUAUGUCUACGAUAAGUUAUUUUGUGCUGAAAAUUUGAUGUCAUUGACUUAAUUGCCAAUUUUUCCAUAUUUCUCUUGUCUUCAAUUGUCUUCUCAUAAUAUAAAUUUGUGCUAUCUGGCAAUAAUGUGGCAGUAUCUGGCAAUGAAGUGGCAGUAUCAGGCAAUGUAGUGGCAGUGUCUGGCAAUGUAGUGGCAAGUAUCUGGCAAUAUAGUGGCAGUAUCUGGCAAUGAAGUGGCAGUAUCAGGCAAUGUAGUGCCAGUGUCUUGCAAUGUGGCAGUGUCUGGCAAUGUAGUGGCAGCGCCUGGCAAUGUAGCGGCAGCAUCUGGCAAUGUAGUGGCAGCAUCUGGCUAUGUAGUGGCAGCGUCUGGCUAUGUAGUGGCAGUGUCUGGCUACAUAGUGGCAGUGUCUGGCUACGUAGUGGCAGUGUCUGGCUACGUAGUGGCAGUGUCUGGCUAUGCAGUGGCAGUGUCUGGCUAUGUAGUGGCAGUGUCUGGCUAUGUAGUGGCAGUGUCUGGCUAUGUAGUGGCAGUGACUGCUUGACGCUUUUUUGAGCCGAAAAAAUAAUAAGACAUAAAUUUGUUUCUUACUUUUGAUUGGUUAGACCAGAGGUUAUUCCCUUGUGACAUUUUUGAAAGUUAAUCAUCUAAGAAUUCCAGCUUGAUUAUUGUCAACCUAUUGUUGUAUUGUUUCAUCCGUAUCAACACAUGAAAACUACAAGAUAUGUUGUAAAGUUGUAUAGUCGUUCACCGUAUCUCAAACAGAAAGUCAGACCAUUGUGGGAUUGUCAGUUCUUUAUAUUAACCUCACUUUUGUUGGUGGCGGACUUGCACAAUCUUUGGAUGGCCAGUUGACCCACUUCCCGACCAACCUAUCAAGCUGAAACUGGAACAUAGACUCAUUGCAACACAUUUUUUCAGCCCCACUCCCCAACCCCCAAAAAAUUAGUUUUUCCUGUCUUUCAAGGGUUUUCAAGGAAAUUCCCGAUAAAUGAGCUAAAAAAAAUAACGCAAGUGCUUUUGGUGUGUAAUAUUUUCUUUUCUUUUUUCUGAAAAAGUUGGUGAAAUAAAUCUGCCUGUAAAAGUGGGUGGGCCAUUAGAAUAUUAAAAUAUUAAUAAAGUCCAGGGGUGUGAAAAAAAUGUGCGGGGGAACUGAUUGGGAUUCUUAUCAAGUGUGUUACUUGUGUGCAUAUUUUGUAUAAUCGUCAGCUUCACCCGCCUUUGCUCGAUAUUAAAAAAUUUUUCAAGGAUUUAUACGAAAAACAUUGUUUUCAGGGGUUGCUUAAUUUUAAAAAUUGUUUAGCCGUUUCCUACCAUAUCCAUUGCUUGUACAAAAUCUCUGUUUAGCUUGUACUGUCACUGUAUGUCACACAUCUUUUCUGUCUGUGUUUUACGUUUAUCCCAGUAGCCCAUGUUUUAUGUUAUAGGUUCCCCAUAGCUAUUUGGACAAGAAAGCGUACAAUGACCUUCCCAGGUAUGUCAAAACCUGGAAUAGUAAAGUCGACCCAUUUCAAAUUACCAGCUCGUACGGCCUUUUCAGAACGUAAGAUAUUUUAAUUUUUAUAUUUCACAUGCAUGGGCUGGGUGGGUGCCGAGUCUGAACGUAUUGCUAUUUGACAAAUCUGAAACAGCAGUUUGAGGAAAGUUGACUGAAUGAUGACAUGACAUGUUUGAACUUGAGACAUUCUUUCAUUUUAAAACUGGAUACAUUUUUAGAACUUUUAUUACCAAUAAAACAGCCAAACUAUGGCUCCACUCUCCUGACUCCACUGACCUGACUCCACUGUCUUGAAUCCACUGUCCUGACUCAACUGUCCUGACUCCACUGUCUUGACUCUGCUGUGCUGACUCCACUGUCUUGACUCUGCUGUGCUGACUCCACUGUCUUGACUCUGCUUCCCUGACUCCACUGCCCUGACUCCACUGCCCUGACUCCACUGCCCUGACUCCACUGCCCUGACUCCACUGCCCUGACUCCACUGCCCUGACUCCACUGCCCUGACUCCACUGCCCUGACUCCACUGCCCUGACUCAACUUACUUGACUCCACUGCCUUGACUCCGCUGCCUUUAUUGUGUGUUAGUUUCAUGUAAAUUAAUACAAGAGUUUGGCAACACUGUUGUAGCAUGUUGUUGUACAGUGAACCUAAACAUUUUUUGUAGCAUGUUGUUGUAUAGUGAUCCUAAACAUUGUUCUUUUUAGGGACUGUUCAUUUUUUUGGCUUUUGCUUUGUUUUUCAUUUAUAAGAUGAACAUCUAACAGCACUUAUCUAACAGCACACAUCUAACAGCACAAAUCUAACGGCACAAAUGUAAUGGUACAAAUCUAUCGCACAAAUCUCACAGUACACAUACAUCUGACAGCACACAUCUGACAGCACACAUCUAAAAGCACAAAUCUGACAGCACACAUCAAACAGCACACAUCUAACAGCACACAUCUAACAGCACACAUCUAACAGCACACAUCAAACAGCACACAUCAAGCAGCACACAUCUAACAGCACACUCACAUACAACAGCACACUUUAAAAUUUAUUAAACUGCAAGCCUUUUCAUUUAACAUACUUUAAUUUUAACAUUUAAUUAACCUUUUUUGUCCAUAGAGUACCAUUUAUCUCUUCCUAACUCAUUGGUACAUGUUAGUUUAAUGUACAUCUUAGUUUAACAUACAUGUUAGUUUAAUGUACACCUUAGUUUAAUGUACAUGUUAGUUUGAUGUACAUGUUAGUUUAAUGUACAUGUUAGUUUGAUGUACAUGUUAGUUUGAUGUACAUGUUAGUUUCAUUUACAUGUUAGUUUCAUUUACAUGUUAGUUUAAUGUACAUGUUUGUUUGAUGUACAUGUUAGUUUAAUUUACAUGUAAGUUUAAUGUACUUGUUAGUUUAAUUUGCUUACUGUAUGAUCACAUUAGAAUGACUGGGGUUGGAGGUCGACCAGAAGUUAUCAUCGAAGGUCACGCUAGCAACCGGUCAGCGACGGAUGGUUGGCAACCCUAUGAAUUCCUGUACAAGCCUGGCAAUGUUUCUGAAAGUCCACCAGUUGUGGGUGAGUGACGAGACGUUUUCAUGUGUGGAUGACAGGUCGAUGACAUCUAAAUGGUGACUAUUGUUUGGUUAUAAAUCCAGUGAAGCCCUCACAUUUGAUGCUGCUCAUGUUGACCAGACCCGGUAGCAAGCCACACACAAGUCUUAGUAAUGUUAGAACUAUUAAGUGUUACUUUUUCUUCCAUCCUCGCUCCCUCAAGUAAAGGUUGGGGGACUUCUGAUAUAAAUAGUGUUAUUGAACUCACAAAUUCUAAAUGAGCAAGCUCUACCUGUAAACUGAACCUACCACCUAUUCUAUCUGAGCAAGCUCUACCUGUAAACUGAUCCUACCACCAAUUCUAUCUGAGCAAGCUCUAUCUUCAAACUGAACCCACCAAUUCUAUCUGAGCAAGCUCUACCUGUAAACUGAACCUACCACCAAUUCUAUCUGAGCAAGCUCUACCUGUAAGCUGAAUCCACCAAUUCUAUCUCAUCAAGCUCUACCUGUAAGCUGAACCCACCAAUUUUAUCUGAGCAAGCUCUACCUGUAAGCUGAACCCACCACCAAUUCUAUCUGAGCAAGCUCUACCUGUAAACUGAAUCCACCAAUUCUAUCUCAUCAAGCCCUACCUGUAAACUUAAACUGAACCUACCAAUCCUAUCUCAGCAAGCUCUACCUGUAAGCUGAACCCACCAAUUCUAUCUGAGCAAGCUCUACCUGUAAGCUGUACCCACCAAUUCUAUCUGAGCAAGCUCUACCUGUAAACUGAACCCACCAAUUCUAUCUGAGCAAGCUCUACCUGUACACUGAACCCACCAAUUCUAUCUGAGCAAGCUCUACCUGUAAACUGAACCCACCACCAAGUCUAUCUCAGCAAGCUCUACCUGUAAGCUGAAUCCACCAAAUCUAUCUCCUCAAGCUCUACCUGUAAACUGAACCUACCAAUCCUAUCUCAGCAAGCUCUACCUGUAAGCUGAACCCACCAAUUCUAUCUGAGCAAGCUCUACCUGUAACCCACCAAUUCUAUCUGAGCAAGCUCUACCUGUAAACUGAACCCACCAAUUCUAUCUGAGCAAGCUCUACCUGUAAACUGAAUCCACCAAAUCUAUCUCAUCAAGCUCUACCUGUAAGCUGAACCUACCAAUCCUAUCUCAGCAAGCUCUACCUGUAACCCACCAAUUCUAUCUGAGCAAGCUCUACCUGUAACCCACCAAUUCUAUCUGAGAAAGUUCUACCUGUAAACUGAACCCACCAAUUCUAUCUGAGCAAGCUCUACCUGUAAACUGAACCCACCAAUUCUAUCUGAGCAAGCUCUACCUGUAAGCUGAAUCCACCAAAUCUAUCUCAUCAAGCUCUACCUGUAAACUGAACCUACCAAUCCUAUCUCAGCAAGCUCUACCUGUAAGCUGAACCCACCAAUUCUAUCUGAGCAAGCUCUACCUGUAACCCACCAAUUCUAUCUGAGCAAGCUCUACCUGUAAACUGAACCCACCAAUUCUAUCUGAGCAAGCUCUAUAUGAACACCCCCAGUUUUACUCCAAACACAAGAAUAUUGUGUCAGGCAAUUCAUUUAUUUCAACUAUAUCAGCUCACAAAUUACAACCAUCUAUUCAAAGCAUCGGUACCCAAGUUUUGCUCGAGGUCUGCAAUAAGGGGUUCAAGUAAAAAUUGGAAUACAAAUUGAUUUCUAAUUAUUUUCAAUAAGAAUACCAAGAAGCUGUAAAAUAUAGAAAAUAAACUUAUGACUUAUUACAUAAAUAUAAAGUAAUAUGUUAGUGAAGAAAUUUAAUUUAAAAAAUACAUUAACAUUUAUAUCACAAACCUUCAGAUGCAAUCAAACCUUCAGACGCACAAAAACCUUCAGACUAGAGACAGACCGAAAGUGAUUUUCUAAUUUUUGCCAAAACUGAAACUAGGUCGAAGUUUAAAAAUGACUUUCGACCGAAGCCGAAACAAAAAUCUUAACGAGACUUUUGGCCUAACCUGAAGCCGAAACUUAAAGCUUUAUGAGACUUUUGGCUGAAACCGAAAUAUUUAGAUAUUUUGGAAUUCAUUCAAGCAGACAUUCUGCAUUCAUCGAAAAAUGAUAAGGGAAAGUAUCAAUAUUUAAAUUCUUCUUAUAAAAAAUGAGAUCAUUGUGAUUAUUAAUCAAUAAACAUCUAAUGAAUACUUUGGCUUGAAGCAUUUUAAUUUAAAAGUAAUUUAAAUUUCUUUAAAAUGUUUUUUAAAGUAGUAUGGUUUUUAUAAUAUAAUUAUAACCCAGAACAUACACCUACAAUAAUAAUUGUGGCUCAAAUAGAGCCAAUUGCCACCUAAAUAUAUGUUAUUAAGGCUAUAAAAAUAUCACAAUGUUUCACAGUUAUCGCCAUACUAAAGCUUUGUGUUUACAUAAAUAGCUUGCAAGAUAUCGCUGUAUUAAUAUUUAGCCUAGUACCAACUCAUUAGUCUUUCUGUGCUGGGAGCGUAAUUAUUUCGUUCGGCGACCAACCUCCCUCACCCCUAUUGGUGGGGAAAUUUUUUUAACUGGGUCUCUUAAAAUUGUUGUUCUGACAGGUCUAGUCGGAGAAUCGCAAUACAUCUAAAUUGGUCACUAAAAUCAUAAAAGUAAACAGGUCGGAAGUAGGCCUACUACAUAAUUAUAAUACGAACCCUUGAUACAUGCACAUGUGUUAUUUCGUCAAUAACAAUGCUUAUGAGCAUGAUAAUGAUGAAUGUCAAGAAAUGCAUGAAUUGAAUAAGCCUAAGUUACCUUAAUUCUUCUUUUUUUUUUUUUUAAAUAAAAUAAUGAUGGAAAUAUUACCGUUCACUGGGAUUAUGUAAUAUUAUUCACCUUUCCCUAUGACAACAUUGGUGAGCAUCAUAAUGAUAAAUCAAAAUGAAUAUCAAAAAGGAAUGACUUGAAUAAACCUAGGGUUCCAAAUUUUAUUUUGAACAAUUAAAAAAAAAUGAUAUGAAUAUUACCAUUCCAUUAGUUUUUCUUCCAUAAAACUAUUUACAUUGGACUAGGCCUAGUUGAAAUGUAAUUUUUGAAAAAUAAAGGACAAGUAGGUCAUCAUGCAGCUGUAAGCUGUUUUCUAAGAGUAUUAUUCAUAUAACAUACGAUGACAGCAAGAUGUCAAGCAAUGAAGAAUAUCAGAUUGCCAGCCUAGAGACAGACUGUCUGACCUCUGGCAGAUAGCUGAAAACCUUAGUCAUUUUCGGCCAGAUAGCCAAGAGUCUCAAUCACUUUCGGCCAAAGCCGAAAGUUAACAUUUCUGUUUCGGCCGAAGCUGAAAUUAAACCGAAAGUUAUCUUUUCGGUUUCAGCCAAAACCGAAACUAGGCCGAAAGUGAUCAAAUGGCAACUUUUGGCACCCAAGCCGAAAUUCAGUUGGUCACUACUUCAGACACACACAAACCUUCAGUUGCACACAAACCUUCAGACACACACAAACCUUCAGACACACACAAACCUUCAGACCUCUAUAUGUCACAUUUUACAAUCGCUUGACCUAAUUGUUGAUUGCUCCCUCAGCACCCCACCAACCAAGACUUGACUGGCAGAUGUGGUUCGCUGCCCUGGGAAACUACCAGAACAAUCCGUGGUUCCUCAACUUGAUCUACCGCCUGCUGCGGAACCAGCCGGAGGUCAUAGAGCUGAUAGGUCACAACCCCUUCCCAGACCAACCUCCGCAGUUCAUUCGUGCGACACUCUAUCACUAUCAUUACACCAGCUUCAAAGAUUGCAGAGGGAAUGAUCGUUGGUAAGUGAAACAAUGAGGCGAUCAUUGAUACACUUUAGCAGCACACAGUCUCAGUAAGGUUAUUUAUUAUUACUUAACUAAUUAGCUAUCAGAUUUAAAAAAACACUGUGGCCGAAUUAAAUCUAGGUCACAUUUUCUCAUUUUAGGUGUACUGGUAUGUACAAUUUCAGCGGCAGUUUUCUCAAUUCUAAACAUAUUCUAAUGAUUAAUAAACCAUCUUGGAGGUAAUUGAAUUGUCUAUAAGACAAAAUUAAAACAUUAAAACUUAAAAGUUUUUUGGGGGAAUUAUUAAUUGUUAAUUAUUAAUUUACAACUGCAAAACAAUAAAAAAUAUAUAAAUGUGCUAACUUACGUAUAAAUUUUAAACAAUGCAAAUCAUUUAAAGCCUUUUAUUUGGUGGUUUACAAAUAGUAUAUCCAAUAAGAAGAAAAAGGCACCAAAGAACACAGAUAUUGAAUAAUAUUUAUACUUCCAAUCAUUUAUAUGCCUUUUGUAACUAGCUUGGAAAUUAAAUCAAAAUUAAUUAACAGCUCGUUUUUUAAAACAUUCUGCCGAUAGCAUGCGGUUCCAAUACAAAUAUCCUGUCGGUAAAUUAAAAUCUCGAAGCAAAACAGGAACGGAAAAAUAUUAUUAUUUGACUUGAUUUACGACGAUAGAAACCUUGGCACUACCAGCACCUCGUGGCCAUUACUAAAGAAACUCCUAGCCGCAUCGGCUCAUGGUAGUUAACCAGUUAACUGAUAGGUCCACCAAUGUUACAGUUAGAGCAUUUUUUUUUUAUUUGAAACUUUAAUCUCUUAAAAUAAACACUGGAUUCCUAAGCCUUCUAUUUAAUUUGACUAUUGAUGAUUUUAAUGGGAACAACUGAAGGUCCACUCACAACAUGUUGAAGAUUUAGUGAUGACUUUAAUGGGAAUAACUGAAGGUCCAGACACAACAUGUUGAAGAUUUAAGGCCUUAAUCCAUGAAACAAAGUCAAUGCUCAUGCUUGGUCUUUAAAAUAGUAUUCAACACCAUCACCAUGGUAACCAGAAAUUGUUUGAAAAAAAAAUUCAUCAACUGAAAAUUGGUCGACGAAAGUUUCAUCGAUUAGAAAUUGGAUCAAAUUUUUUUUUGUUCAGUUCACAUGAUCAAAUGUUUGUGGAAAUUUCUUUUUUAACGCACUAUAAUAUACAGUAAAACAAAUUAAUAACCUAACAGUUGCUUAGACUCAUUCUUGUUAAACCUAACAGUUGCUUAGAAUCAUUCUUGUUAAACCUAACAGUUGCUUAGAAUCAUUCUUGUUAAACCUAACAGUUGCUUAGAAUCAUUCUUGUUAAACCUAACAGUUGCUUAGAAUCAUUCUUGUUAAACCUAAAACUUGCUUAGAUUCAUUCUUGUUAAACCUAACAAUUGCUUAGAUUCAUUCUUGUUAAACCCAACAGUUGCUUAGAGUCACUCUUGUUAAACCUAACAGUUGCUUAGAGUCACUCUUGUUAAACCUAACAGUUGCUUAGAGUCACUCUUGUUAAACCUAACAGUUGCUUAGAGUCACUCUUGUUAAACCUAACAGUUGCUUAGAGUCACUCUUGUUAAACCUAACAGUUGCUUAGAGUCACUCUUGUUAAACCUAACAGUUGCUUAGAGUCACUCUUGUUAAACCUAACAGUUGCUUAGAAUCAUUCUUGUUAAACCUAAAACUUGCUUAGAUUCAUUCUUGUUAAACCUAAAACUUGCUUAGAUUCAUUCUUGUUAAACCUAACAAUUGCUUAGAGUCACUCUUGUUAAACCUAACAGUUGCUUAGACUCACUCUUGUUAAACCUAACAGUUGCUUAGACUCACUCUUGUUAAACCUAACAGUUGCUUAGACUCACUCUUGUUAAACCUAACAGUUGCUUAGAGUCACUCUUGUUAAAGACUUGGCGCUGGCAGUUGUCUGAUUGGAGAACUGUUCAUUAUUUUGUUAGCAACUGGUGGAAGAGAGAAAGGAAGGCUGAAUACCUACCCGCUCUGGCAAUAACAGACAAGCCAUUUGUGGAUUACUUGAAAAAUGCCAAACUAAUUCAGGUUAGUCAUUUUAUGUUAUGGCAGCAGGAGAUUCCUUUUGUCAUAUGUGUGAAGUAAAAGUGUGAGCUAAAUAUGUCAGUUUUAUUAUUUACACUCCUGGACUUUAUCAGAGGACAUUGAGUAGGGAGCUUAGGAACAGAGCUAAAUAUGUCAGUUUUAUUGGUUACAUUCCUGGACUUUAUCAUAGGACAUUUCGUAGUUUGCUUAGGAACAGAGCUAAAUAUGUCAGUUUUAUUGGUUACAUUCCUGGACUUUAUCAUAGGACAUUGCGUAGUUUGCUUAGGAACAGAGCUAAAUAUGUCAGUUUUAUUAUUUACACUCCUGGACUUUAUCAGAGGACAUUGAGUAGGGAGCUUAGGAACAGAGCUAAAUAUGUCAGUUUUAUUGGUUACAUUCCUGGACUUUAUCAUAGGACAUUUCGUAGUUUGCUUAGGAACAGAGCUAAAUAUGUCAGUUUUAUUGGUUACAUUCCUGGACUUUAUCAUAGGACAUUGCGUAGUUUGCUUAGGAACAGACUAAAUAUGUCAGUUUUAUUGGUUACAUUCCUGGAUUUUAUCAUAGGACAUUGAGUAGGGAGCUUAGGAACAGAGCUAAAUAUGUCAGUUUUAUUGGUUACAUUCCUGGACUUUAUCAUAGGACAUUGCGUAGUUUGCUUAGGAACAGACUAAAUAUGUCAGUUUUAUUGGUUACAUUCCUGGACUUUAUCAUAGGACAUUGCGUAGUUUGCUUAGGAACAGACUAAAUAUGUCAGUUUUAUUGGUUACAUUCCUGGAUUUUAUCAUAGGACAUUGAGUAGGGAGCUUAGGAACAGAGCUAAAUAUGUCAGUUUUAUUGGUUACAUUCCUGGACUUUAUCAUAGGACAUUGCGUAGUUUGCUUAGGAACAGACUAAAUAUGUCAGUUUUAUUGGUUACAUUCCUGGAUUUUAUCAUAGGACAUUGAGUAGGGAGCAUAGGAACAGAGCUAAAUAUGUCAGUUUUAUUGGUUAUAUUUGUGGACUUUGUCAUAGGACAUUGAGUAGUGAGCUUAGGAACAGAGCUAAAUGUAUCAACUAUAAUUACACUCAGUGCUAAUCCUGUCUAGGAUGAACGCCCCAAGAAGCCCAGAAUGGACAGCACAACAGCCAAAGUGGUUAAAUGGAUACGUGAAUUGGUCGGCCAGCCAGAAGGAUUUAGCUACACGGUCUCAGUGUUCAGCUCUGCAGUAUUGGUUAUGUUUUUUAAUCGAGCUGUAUUUCGAUAGACCGUAGCAUGUGCCAGAUUUCCAUUUUUAGACGUAACUUCACUUGCGAUGUCCUAUUUUUCUAUAAGUUCUAUCUAGUCUGAAAUUUUCGUUAAUUUUUUUUUUUCUUCUUCAAUGUUCACUAAAUGACAUGCGAUGUUACAACCCUGCCUUGAUAUGUUUGGUUUGUUUUCAGUAACUUUUAUAUCCAAUGCAAUUAUUUUUAUGUGUUCACAUCACAAAAUCUAUGACAGUGUAUUUGUAUAUCUCCUUCAUGUCAGAGACAAACUGUGUACAGGGGAGUAAUUGGUAAGGGCAAGACGGUGUUUGAAUGCCUUAUGGGGUGAAUGUCCCAACUGAUAAGGUGAAUGUCCCAACUGAUGGGGUGAAUGUCCCAACUGACGGGGUGAAUGUCUUAACUGAUUUGGAGAAUGUCUGAACUGACUGACACAAGUGAUGUCUUAAGUAGGUAUAUAAAGUAGAGAUAUAUGUUUGUCAUAUGGUUACAGCGGAGUAGAUUAUUUCCCUUCAUCAUCAACUAGUUACCACUUAUCAUCAUCCAGUGUACAUUUGUCUGAUGAAAUAAUAUUAUUUUUGUUCACCAUCAUUAUCAUCAUCUGUGGCACUACAACCCAUGUAGGGCCCUGGCCUGCUCCACCACAUCCUUCCAUUCGGAGUGAUCCAUGGCUUUCCUCCUCCAUGCACGAGCCCCCAAUUGGUGAAUAUCCAUCUCCACAUCAUCGAUCCAUCUCAGCCUUGGACGACCGGUGUACAAUAACUUUUCUGUUGUUGAUAUUCACAAGUUUUCAAUGUUUGCUUGUUUCCCUUGAAGUUGAAGAUGCCAGAUCUUAGUAUCAGCUGUCUCAUGUUGUCAUGAAGAUGUCAUAUCUAUGUAUUAGCUGUCUCAUGUUGUCAUGAAGAUGUCAUAUCUAUGUAUUAGCUGUCUCAUGUUGUCAUGAAGAUGUCAUAUUAGCUGUCUAAUGUUGUUAUGAAGAUGUCAUAACUAUGUAUUAGCUGUCUCAUGUUGUCAUGAAGAUGUCAUAUUAGCUGUCUAAUGUUGUUAUGAAGAUGUCAUAACUAUGUAUUAGCUGUCUCAUGUUGUCAUUAUAGUUUCCUGCCAAUUUUCCAUAAAUGGUGAAUGGAGAUAACCACCACCUCCCCCCACUUGAUUCACUUCCUGUUUUCCUUGCUCUCUGCUAUUCUUUAUAAAUUUUUGUUACAUAAAUAAAUAAGCUUCAUAAUAAAAAUGUUGUUUUUAAUUUAUCUGUACAAUUUUUUCCAGAUAAAUCCAUUUUUACUUUCCAAAUUCCUGGGCAUAUUUGUUUUGUGCAUGAUCCGGAUAUUAAACUAUAACUGUUCAAUGUGUAUCCAACCAGUCACUGUUUCUCUCUGUGUACUACUCAGUAGCUAAAUUUCUCUCCCUGCGGAUGCCGACAGUUAAAGUUGCCUGUAUUACUUGUAAUAGGUUUUGUCUUUGCCAUCUGCUUUGAUCUAUCAUGUGAGCUAAGCUAAUAAAAAAAAUAUAUAUAAAAAA